GCAGUUUCCCAGAUGCUGAUGGCUUACCUCUCCCGCCUCACAGCUAUCGCUGACAACAAGAUCAACUGUGGGCCUGCCCUCACAUGGAUGGAGGUGAGCUUCUGUCUGGGUUUAUGUCUGUCUAUCAAUCUCCCAAACACUCUACACAAAUACACCACACAUAAAACAUAGUUUCCCAUUUUUUCUCUCUCUUAAACACACCCGCUUACUGCUCCUCUCUUUCCUUACUCACUUACACAUACUAGAACAGUAAUUCACCAACCCAGUGUAAUCGGUCUACAUUGACAGACAGUAAAUAUGACACUAACUGUGUGUGUGUUUUCCAGGUUGAUAACAAAGGCAACCACUUACUGGUCCAUGAGGAGUCCUCCAUAAACGUGCCUGCCAUCGCCGCCGCCCAUGUCAUCAAACGCUACAUCGCCCAGGCCGCCGACGAGCUCUCCUUCGAGGUGACGGGGAGAGUUGAAACACAUUUGCGCAUGCAUGCACACACACUCACAUGGACAUACAGUGCAUUCGGAAAGUAUUCAGACCCCUUGACUUUUUCCACAUUUUGUUAUGUUACAGCCUUACUCUAAAAUUGAUUAAAUCGUUUUUUCCCCCUCAUCAAUCUACACACAAUACCCCAUAAUGACAAAGCAAAAACAGGUUUGUAGAAAUGUUUGCAAAUGUAUUAAAAAUAAAAAACUGAAAUAUUACAUUUACAUAAGUAUUCAGACCCUUUACUCAGUACUUUGUUGAAGCACCUUUGGAAGCGAUUACAGCCUCAAGUCUUCUUGGGUAUGACGCUACAAGCUUGGCACACCUGUAUUUGGGGAGUUUCUCCCAUUCUUCUCUGCAGAUCCUCUCAAGCUCUGUCAGGUUGGAUGGGGAGCGUCGCUGCACAGCUAUUUUCAGGUCUCCAGAGAUGUUCGAUCAGGUUCAAGUUCGGGCUCUGGCUGGGCCACUCAAGGACAUUCAGAGACUUGUCCUGAAGCCACUCCUGCCUUGUAUUGGCUGUGUGCUUAGGGUCGUUGUCCUGUUGGAAGGUGAACCUUCGCCCCCAGUCUGAGGUCCUGAGCGCUCUGGAGCAGGUUUUCAUCAAGGAUCUCUCUGUACUUUGCUCCGUUCAUCUUUCCCUCGAUCCUGACUAGUCUCCCAGUCUCUGCCACUGAAAAACAUCCCCACUGCAUGAUGCUGCCACCACCAUGCUUCACCUUAGGGAUGGUGCCAGGUUUCCUCCAGAUGUGACGCUUGGCAUUCAGGCCAAAGAGUUCAAUCUUGGUUUCAUUAGACCAGAGAAUCUUGUUUCUCAUGGUCAGGUGCCUUUUGACAAACUCCAAGCGGGCUGUCAUGUGCCUCCGUCAGGCCACUACCAUAAGGCCUGAUUGGUGGAGUGCUGCAGAGAUGGUUCUCCCAUCUCCACAGAGGAACUCUGGAGCUCUGUCAGAGUGAGGUUCUUGGUCACCUCUCUGAUGUAGGCCCUUCUCCCCCGAUUGCUCAGUUUGGCCAGGCGGCCAGCUCUAGGAAGAGUCUUGGUGGUUCCAAACUUCUUCCAUUUAAGAAUUAUGGAGGCCACUGUGUUCUUGUGGACCUUCAAUGCUGCAUACAUUUUUUGGUACCCUUCCCCAGAUCUGUGCCUUCGACCUCAUGGCUUGGUUUUUGCUCUGACAUGCACUGUCAAAUGUGGCUUAUAUAGACAGGUGUGUGCCUUUCCAAAUCAUGUCCAGUCAAUUGAAUUUACCACAGGUGGACUCCAAUCAAGUUGUAGAAACAGCUCAAGGAUGAUCAAUGGAAACAGGAUGCAAAGGGUCUAAGUACUUAUGUAAAUAAGGUAUUUCUUUUUUAAUUUUGUUCUAAAUUUACAAAAUUUUCUAAAAACCUGUUUUCGCUUUGACAUUAUGGGGUAUUGUGUGUAGAUUGAUGAGGAAAAAAAACAAUUUCAUCCAUUUUAGAAUAAGGCUGUAACGUAACAAAAUGUGGAAAAAGUCAAGGGGUCUGAAUUCUUUGUGAAUGCACUGUAUGUGCAGAUACAAAUGGAGAUGUCAUGGAUAAAUGGAUGUGCUUGGAUGCGGUAAUAAAUAAUCGUAUGUAUUUUAUGAGCACGUUGUUCUUUGCUGUAUGGAUACCAUGACAGGUUAUCUGCGUCAUAUUUACCGUAAUUUUCGGACUAUAAGCCGCGCCUUUUUUCAAAUUUUUCGACCCUGCGGCUUAUAUAACGGUGCGGCUAAUCUAUGGAUUUUUACAGCUAACGGCCACUAGAAGACCUCCUAAAUCUAUGGAUUUUACAGGUUACAGUCCACCAACUUUAACUCUAUGGGCUCUAUGACCGGUCCGCUCCCCCCACGUUUAAGCGGCGGGCUCCAGCAAGAAAAGCUGGAGGCCGGAAAAGUGAGACAGGUUGCGUGCAAAAGUAAAAGUGGAACCGAGAGUGGUACGAGAGACAGAACGAGAGACAGAACGAGAGCAAGACAGACAGACAUUACGAGAGCGAGACAGUUUGUGCAAAGGAAGUUUUCAUACACAAACCCUCAUUAUGGAAAACAAACGUAGAAAUGCAUAUGAUGCAGCUUUUAAGUUAAAGGCAGUCAAUCUGGCUGUCAAAACAUCCACGAUCAUUAACGGGUUCCGAAAGGCUGGACUGCAGCGUGAUGAAGAGGAGGACGCCGCCACAGCUGAGGCCCUUCAGAGGCUGUUCGAUUCCGACAGUGACGAAGAGGAGUUCGUUGGUUUUGAGAGCGACAACGAAGGAGAGAGGAGAGUGGCUGACGAAGCCACCCUGAGCCUGUUCGUUUCCGACACUGAAGAUGAGGACUUUGGUGGUUUUAGUACGCAGGAAGAAGACGGAGAUGAGGAUUAAUGACUUGACUUUUCUGGUUACAGCCGUGUACUGCACCUUAGCCUAAAAGAUGAAGACGAGGAUUAAUGACUUUUCUGGUAGGCUGAUUACCGUAUAUUUUAAGCAGCCGUGUUGCUGCAACUUUAGGCUUACGCGCUUACUGUCGUGUUACAGGCACUUUAUUUUGCACAUUUAAUUUAGCCAUUGAUAUUGCCUCGUCAAGCGCUGUAAGCUUUAUUUUGCACAUUUAAUUUAGCCAUUGAUAUUGCCUCGUCAAGCGCUGUAAGCUUUGUUUUUUGUUAUGGUACUACUGUAGGCUAUAAUGUAGAUAAAUAUUCAAAGAUGUGCACACUUUUUCAAGGUUUUUCAAAAAUAACCAAAGUUAAGUGGUUAAAUGAUUGUGACGCUAUUAACUAAUUUUGCUGGGGAACCCCUAGCACUCCCUCAAGGACCACUGGUUGAAAACCACUGCUGUAGAUCACUGCCGGUAUGUGCGCUGGGAGCGCACCGUUUAAGUUUGAAAGUUGAAAAGUUUGUGUCUGAAACGCUAUGUGAUACAGUACAGUUUACACAGCACAGUAUAUGUUCUGUAGCUACUAUUGCACUAAAUGGUAACACUUGAAUACGUUAUGCAAAUAUGCAACUUGUUUGUUGAAAUGUUAAUAAAUGGGAGCUUCCUCAAGCAGCCAUCUCUUUCCCGACAAUCCCCUCUGUGCACGAACCCUUACAUAUGGUAAUUAAACAUUAAAACACCUGCGGCUUAUAGUCCAGUGCGGCUUAUAUAUGUACACAUCAUUCAAUAUCAUUCAAUUUAGCUGCUGCGGCUUAUACUCCGGUGCGCCUUAUAGUGCGGAAAAUACGGUACUCUUAUACCGACGCCUUAAUACAUUACAUUGUUCCUAGGGAGUUGUUUCUCCAUUUCUCUUUUCACACACUACAUGCAAUUCUUAUGUAGAAAUACAUUCUGAUGCAGUCAGUGGUUCCCAAACUUUUCUUAGCAAGGUACCCCUAAUAAUACCCACCAUUUCUAUAGUAUUGGUUAGAGUUAGUAUGUAGUUUCCCCUCAAAUGUAUUCACAGCAUGACUUGAUCCCGCUAUCCCGCUCUCUUCUUCUCUCUCCCACUUUCUCUUUCUCCUCUAUCUCUCCCCUGACAGGUUGGGGACAUCGUGUCUGUUAUUGACAUGCCCCCCAAGGAGGACACCACAUGGUGGAGGGGCAAGCACGGCUUUCAGGUUGGUGACCCAGAAGCACACACACAAACACUGUGUCGCAGUCUAGAAUCUGGGGGACUCCACAAGGCCAGGAUUAUUAUUGUGCUUUACUCAUUUGGUUCACAUUUGGUUUGGCUGUUUAGCAAAUUUUACUCUGUGUACAAAUGUAUAUUGGCUCAUAUUGUUCAUUUGGGUGAAACAUUUUUCUUGUCAGUUAAAGACAGACAUACUUACAGAAUUGUAUCAUACAAAAUGCGUACAAAAUAAGUGGUUGUUCUCGAUCGGGAUGUGAUUAUAUUAGCUUAGCUGAGUUUUCCAGUAUUCCAUUUAAAGUGAUCAAUAGUCUUUCUUUGAGCCCAAUGAAGCCCAGUUUAGUGUUAUCUGUUGAUCCAGUCCAGCUGAACUUCCUGUGCCCUUAGCAUUGAACCCUGGCAGUGUUCUGGUCAUAGCUUACCCGUAGCAUUGCCUCCUGGCAGUGUUCUGGUCAUAGCUUACCCGUAGCAUUGCCUCCUGGCAGUGUUCUGGUCAUAGCUUACCCGUAGCAUUGCCUCCUGCGCACUUGGCUCUCCGCUCGCUGCCCCGGGGGACAAACACUCUGAUUCAGGCCAGCUGGGAGGGCAGCCAUAUUGGACGGGGCUUCACAACAUGUUAUUGAACGCAAGGACGAUUGGGAACUUCGGAAGCUGUUGUUGCCUGUUGGUUUGUUGUACUGUAGCUGUGUAUAUGCUGAGUUGACAGAGGAGAGUAGUUUGUUUGUGGUUUUGGUAUAUUAAACAGAUUUUUCAAUUAUGUAAAGCAUGGCACUCAUUCCUAGGAAGAAUUGUCUCAUACAUACAUGUCUUCAACAAAGAUGUCACGACUAUGUUAUUACACACAGUGUUGGUCCUUAAAACCAAUCUGGAUUUUGGAGGAAACACCACUGUAUGUUACUACUAGAUAUUGAAACAUUGAUUGGAUGGUAUAUCUGCUAUCACAAAGCAGAUGUCCAUGCCAUCCCUCCUAUUGCCACUGGAGGUCAGUCAGUCACCCUAGAGGCAGUCUGAGUCAGUCUGUGACUGGAGGUGGAUAGGCAGCUGAUAGCUGUCUUUAUUUACCAGCCUGCCUGCAGAGCCUCAGGGAAAGAGAGGGGGAAAGAGAUAAAGGGAGGGAAGGAGAGAGAAAGCUGGAGGAGCAACAGAGAGUGAGAAAGAGGGAGAGAGAAAAUCCAAGCAUGGCAAGGGUGAGCUUCUUUUGUUGAAUGCGCAUCAUGAGUCAACUCUUUCUAUAGUAUAGUACUGUUUGUAAGUCGCGAGACAGCUGGACCUUGGAUCCCUAUGAUAGUUACGUUCAACUUUCAACCGUCUUAUCAGUCACAUUACUACAAGAUGGAGGCAGUUUAUGUUGCAAAGCGUGCAGAUUAUAUACUCCUAAGCAAAUAGAAACACUUUUUUUGACAGUGUAUUAGUGUAGUCUGGGUCUCUAUGUUAGGCAUCACACAAGUUAAGAUUUGUUCCUCAGCGGACUAGAUGAUUAGUUGAUAAUGACAGAAUUGUUUUGUCAAACUACUCUGCUGGGAAUGGCUUUGUUUUAGCAGUUUCCCCCGUCUUCAUUAAAGUGCGCUAAAAUAUUUAUACCUCUUCUUCCUCCAAACUCCUUAAGUAAAGCCUAGUGUUUUAUAUUAUUCUAUUAUUCAAAAUGGAUUUCUUAACACACAGUUUAGCCUGAAGGCAUCUUAUGUCGAUUUGUAUUGGUAGGAUCAGUUGUGUUAGAUCAGAAAUUAGUUGUUUUACUCAUGUUCAUCGUUAAUUCGUAAAUACAUUCAAAGAUUAAGGAUAUUUUGCUUUCUGGUUGACUGUGGAGAAUUGAAACUAUCACAGUCUGUUCUUGACCUUUCUUCUGAUAUAAAACAUUUGGGCUAUACACACGCGCAUGCAGUCAAACACACAUAUCGCCCCACUGGGCUUUACCUCCGCAUCAGGUGACAAAUACCAUAGCUUGGGCAGCUAUUCAGGCACAUGAUCUUGAAUGAACACUGCAACGAGCACAGCACAGUGCCAAGUGGUAUCCUCGGGUCAAAGUACGCCCCUCGCUGGUCGUGCACCAACCUUUUAGUACAUAUUAAUACCAACUGCCUAUGGACUCCUUAAUACAGAGAGAGGUCUCCAACAAAAUACCAGAUACACAGUGGUGAAAUGUUGAUAUUAGGCUCACAACAUUGAAGAAGGGCCUUCUUAAGUGGAUGAAGCUUAUUUAUCAGUCUUUAAUGGUAAUGCGCUCCCUUUCUCGCUCUCUCUCACACUCACACAAACACGUGGUUACUCAUCCUCUCUGCUUACUCUCGCACUCUCUCUCUCUAAAAGUGUUGUGUGGCCUCUCUUCCCAGGUUGGCUUCUUUCCCAGUGAGUGUGUGGAGCUGAUAAACGACAAGGUUCCGCAGUCCGUCACCAACUCGGUGCCAAAACCAGGUACUGUACUUCCUCUCUAACAACCACAGUGAGGUGUCCUUGAAUCGCCUAAUGUUCGUUUCCACUGGGUGCUAUGCUGUUUUUGGUGAUGUGUGGAUAAAGUGUCAAGUAUACCUUAUCAAAAAUGUGCAGUUGUUGUUGUGGCUUUGACAUUAUUAACUAUGAACGACUAACUAGAUAUCUCUAUUUCUGCUAGCAGGAAGCAAUUGGUUAUAGAAAAUGUGUACCGUGUAUAUCAACAUGAUAGAGUAUGAUAAUGUCUGGUGAGAUGGGGGUGGAUUCCCAACAAUGAUCUCAUCUGUAAGUGUGUGGUGUGAUGAUGUGGUGGAUGGGAUGUGUGGUGUGUCAUGGUGACCAAACUGCAGCAGGUGCUAGUGCCACUCUGUGGAGGAGUAAGGGUAAUGCUCUACACAAGUGUCUGUCUGUCUCAGGCAAGCUGAGGCUAAAGCACCUAGCAUUCCACCUGGGGGAAAACCAAUCAUGUCAUUGCAAAGACCAAACAGCAGAGACCACCGAAUGAGUGAAGUCACGACCAACCCAAACGUUUAACUGGCCUUUUCAAACUUAUUUCAGGACUGGCUCCACCAUACAAUAGGGUGAAUCCAAAAGGAAAGUUUAGUGAAUGCAAAGGCCUAGGGAUUGAUUGAAGAGACUUGUGUAUUCAACACAACGCUAGACUGCAAAAGAAAAACAUAGUGUAUUCGGAAAGUAUUCAGACCCCUUGACUUUUUCCACAUUUUGUUACGUUACAGCCUUCUUCUAAAAUGAGUUACAUUCUUUUUUUCCCUCAUCAAUCUACACACAAUACCCAAUAAUGACAACACGAAAACAGGUUUUUAGAAAUGUUUCAAAUUUAUAUAUAUAUUUUUAAAAAAUACAUUUUUUACAAAAGUAUUCAGACCUUUUGCUAUGGGACUCGAAAUUGAGCUCAGGUGCAUCCUGUUUCCAUUGAUCAUUCUUGAGAUGUUUCUACAACUUGAUUGGAGUCCACCUGUGGUAAAUUCAAUUGAUUGGACAUGAUUUCGAAAGGCGCACACCUGUCUAUAUAAGGUCCCACAGUUGACAGUGCAUGUCAGAGCAAAAACCAAGCCAUGAGGUCGAAGAAAUUGUCCGCAGAGCUCCGAGACAGAAUUGUGUCGAGGCACAGAUCUGGGGAAGGGUACCAAAAAAUGUCUGCAGCAUUGAAGGUCCCCAAGAACACAGUGACCUCCAUCAUUCUUAAAUGGAAGUAGUUUGGAACCACCAAGACACUUCCUAGAGCUGGCCGCCCGGCUAAACUGAGCAGUUCGGGAGAAGGGCCUUGGUCAGGGAGGUGACAAAGAACCCAAUGGUCACUCUGACAGAGCUCCAGAGUUCCUCUGUGGAGAUGGGAGAACCUUCCAGAAGGACAACCAUCUCUGCAGCACUCCACCAAUCAGGCCUUUAUGGUAGAGUGGCCAGAUGGAAGACACUCCUCAGUAAAAGGCACAUGACAUCCCACUUGGAGUUUGCCAAAAGGCACCUAAAGGACUCUGACCAUAACAAACAAGAUUCUCUUGUCUGAUGAAACCAAGAUUGAACUCUUUGGCCUGAAUGCCAAGCGUGGAGAAAACCUGGCACCAUCCCUACGGUGAAGCAUGGUGGUGGCAGCAUCAUGCUGUGGGGAUGUUUUUCAGCAGCAGGGACUGGGAGACUAGUCAGGAUCAAGUAAAAAAAAUGUAAAAAUGUAAGUAAAGAUGAACAGAGCAAAGUGCAGAGAGAUUCUUGAUGAAAACCUGCUCCAGAGCGCUCAGGAUCUAAGACUGGGGCGAAGGUUCACCUUCCAACAGGACAACGACCCUAAGCACACAGCCAAUACAAGGCAGGAGUGGCUUCGGGACAAGUCUCUGAAUGUCCUUGAGAGGCCGGACUUGAACCCGAUCUAACAUCUCUGGAGAGACCUGAAAAUAGCUGUGCAUCGACGCUCCCCAUCCAACCUGAUAGAGCUUGAGAGGAUCUGCAGAGAAGAAUGGGAGAAACUCCCCAAAUACAGGUGUGCCAAGCUUGUAGCGUCAUUGUGGUCCUCUGUAGCUCAAUUGGUAGAGCAUGGCACUUGUAACGCCAGGGUAGUGGGUUCGAUCCCCGGGACCACCCAUACGUAAAAAUGUAUGCACACAUGACUGUAAGUCGCUUUGGAUAAAAGCGUCUGCUAAAUGGCAUAUUAUUAUUAUUAAUAUACCCAAGAAGACUCAAGGCUGUAAUCGCUGCUAAAAGUGCUUCAACAAAGUACUGAGUAAAGGGUCUGAAUACUUAUGUAAGUGUAAUAUUUCUGUUUUUUUAUAAACGUGUUAACAUUUCUAAAAACCUGUUUUUGCUUCAUCAUUAUGGGGUAUUGUGUGUAGAUUGAUGAGGGGGAAAAAAACAAUUUAAUCAAUCUUAGAAUAAGGCUGUAACGUAAUAAAAUGUGGAAAAAGUGAAGGGGUCUGAAUACUUUCCGAAUGCACUGUAACUCCUAGAUAAUUAUAUUGAUAUCUUUGCUCGAAUGUGAUGUUACCGUAUUGGUACGAUAUGUGUCCAAUGUGAAUUCCACUACUGGAACACAACAUAAAAAUGAAAUCCAUAGUUACCACGCUCUUGAAUAACCACUUAAACUUGUCUCAUGUCUCUGUUUGCACAAUUUCAAUACUAAUCCAAUGCAAACACAUAUUGCUGAUCUAUAGCUAGCCAAAGCAAACAGAUAAGCCACCUCAGUGCCCAAAAACAAACAUAGCCAUUCAACACGCGAGUGUACCAUAAAGCCCUAUUACAAUCAGAAAGUACAGCCACAACAUUCCAAUAUCACUGGCCACUUUAAGAAAUGGAACACUAGUCACUUUAAUAAUGUUAACAUAUCUUGCACUACUCAUCUCAUAUGUAUAUUCUGUAUUCUAUAAUAUUCAACUGUAUCUUAGUCCAUGCCGCUCUGUCAUUGCUUGUCCAUAUAUGUAUAUAUUCUUCAAUGCCAUUCCUUGCUUAGAUUUGUGUGUAUUGGGUAUAUGUUGUGAAAUUGUUCGAUAUUACUGCACUGUCGGAGCUAGAAGCACAAGCAUUUCGCUACUCCCGCAAUAACAUCUGCUAAACACGCGUAUGUGACAAAUAAAAUGUGAUUUGAUAGGCGUAGUAGAAACUCUGUCAUGCUUGGACUGACACCCUCUAACACAGGUAAUGCUCUUAGAUGGAUCGUGAAAAGUGCAGCUUAUGUCAUGUUUUUUUUUAAUGUUUUUGUUUUCUUUGUUCUUUUUGUCAUGUCCCUGCCCAUCUUCCAAAAACAUCUGAAACCUCUUCAAAGAAUAUCUUAAAUAACACAUCUGUCUUAUUCCCCCCCAUUGUCUUUUUCUACUAGCACUAACUUUGCUGAGAACUUAUUUAUCGAGGACAAAUGUACUUACUAUGACUGUGAAAUGUGGUUGUCUCACCUAGUUAUCUUAAUAUGAAUGCACUGACUGUAAGGCUCUCUGGAAAAAAGCGUCUGCUAAAUGACUAAAAUGUAAAUGUAAUGCCAAGCCCUUUCCAUGGCAUCCUGUCCUAUCCUAUAUCCUGAAAUGGUAUCCUAUACCCUAUAUAAAAUGCACUACUUUUGGCCAAAGCUUCAUUUGCUCUGGCCCAAAGUAGUGCACUAUAUAGGGAAUAAGGUCCCAUUUGGGACACAGCCCCAUGUACUCGCUCGAUCAGCCAAAGGCACGUUUAGCCUAAUUUCAAUCAGCCUUGAAAAAUCACUUUCAAUCCAAGGGGUGAAUCACCCAAUGACUGUGUCAGAACCAUCUAAGUGGCUUUGGGGUGGGGUGCCGGGUAGGAGCUGAACCAUGCAAGGCCUGCUGGGAAUGAUGUCAAGGCAGAGGGAACAGGGAAGUGAUGACAUGGCAAAAAAAAAGACACACCCCACAAGAUCCGCAAUGAGGAAUAGCAUCAUCAUAACUAUGCAGUCUCAGGUUUUGUUAGGGGUUAAGGCCCAAUGUUAUCUGGUACACAAACGUAAAAGCCAAUGUUUCCAAGCAUAUUAGAUGGUGUUUUGUCAAUAUGAAAAUAAUGCAUCAUACUGUCUGUCAUACUGUCACACAUGGUGUCCUGAAUGCACACAAAGAAGGCACACUGUGGAAAUUACUCAUUUGCUUGCCCAACCCUUUUGCUUUUAGGUGAUCUCCUCUCUUUGGGUUGCCAUGUUGGUCACAAACCUGACCAUUUGCAUGUCGUUUUUUUUGCACGGCUUCACUCUGCUCCAUGAAUGUUUAAUCUUGUUGUUUAUUUCACUGUCAUCCCCUCUGCCACCCCACCCCAGCAUCCCCCUGCUCGGGUCUGCGGCCUGCCUCCUGGAGUCUCUUCCCGCCCUGUGCGUGCUGGUAUACACCCCCCUCUCCCAUCCCCCUCACUCACACAAGACCCGUUCAAGGCAUCCUUCAUUCUUUCCUUCCUUGAAGUAAUCAAUGAUAAAAAAUGACUGGACAGGUAAAAGCCAUGUGAUGGAGCCAUUGCAUUCACCUCUCCAAUUAUGUCUAAUCAGUGAUUAGAGGAAGGUAGGAAGGAUGCACUUUUAAAGAAUUUGAACAAGGCCACACUUUCCUUACCUACAUUGUUUCCUCCUUUCACACCUGGUUGUCAAAUUCAAUUUGUUCAUUACAACACUUAAUGCUACUUUUUACUGCCUGACACCAAUUUUGACAGUGAAAAUGAUUGUAUUUGCUGCCAUUUCUUUCAAUGGCACCUCUACAAAGUUUAAGGAUUCACUGCCCAAUUAUGUAUUAUGAAAGUGUCAGAUGCCAAGCUAUCUGACUGAGUGACCGUCUCGAAACAGAAAAAAAUAUGUUGUUCCUGCCAUGUUCCUCCUCUAACAGAACCGUUCUCUCCUUCUCCGUUCCCCCGCUCCUACCUUCCUCUCCUUCCCGUCCAUCCGUCUGUGCGCCUGCAUGCAGAUUUGGAGAUGGAGAGUGUAAAGCAGGACAAUGCAUGGGUGGCCGACCCAUUAAACCACUACAGCCUGAGCUCAGGUAGACCCGUGUGUCCAUCCAUAUAUGUGCCAUAACCACCUCAGUGCUAACCCUCUACUAACGCACACAGCACGCCACUGAGGCACUCUGUCUGUCAGUCUGUUCACUAAGUCUCUACAAUACCAAUGCACUAGGACUAGAGUCCUUAGUUAAUUAUUAGUUAGAUACUCAUCAUUCUUAAUUCUUAGUGCAUUGGUAUUGUAUAUUUCAGGAUCCUUCUCUUUGGUGCAUGGGGACUCACUUGAACUGCUAAAUCCACUCACUCUCUAACCUGAACACUGUUGUCGGAGCGAAACGUAUCCACCUUUAUCAGAUUCACUUGCACUAGACUUGAUUAGCUUUGUUAUUUACCUUUUUCAUUUCAGGUUUAUCAGGAUUCCUUUUUGAACCGUUCUCUGUAUAUGCAAAUGACUGGACUAAAAAUAUUAUCCUGCUGCUUUUUUCUUCAGACCUCUUGAAUGUCCCCCUAUCUGUUUCCCAGUCAGCUGUAGUUGUCUACUGUUUGGUUUAACUUGAAAUACUUUUGGCUGUGGCUGGGGUCUAGACUGGCUUGAUUUAUUCAAGUCCCCCCUUUAAAGCGGGGGCUAUAAAAUGAUCCUUUGGCACAUUGUCCUACAACAGCAAGAAGCACAGUCUUCUCUAUGGUGACUGAAAUUGCUACAUUCCUAACAGGGGAACCCUGGCGUGUUCAAACGUACACUGACCAGCUCCCCUGCAUGGAAAAUGGCCUCUGUCCUUUUAGCAAGCUAACUGGGUUGACAUUUCUACCUCUGUAAUUUCAGAGUGAGCAGAUUGAAAUAACUCCUUUGCAGUUGGCUGCACCUCUAUAUCGAGAUGCCUUUGAAAUUGUCGAUCUGAGUUACUGUGGAAAACGUUCGCAUUUUUAACUUGAGUUUAAAAGGACAUCUGCAAACUGUCUCACUUGGAUGAAGGAUUACAAUGUAACUGAACCUAGAGUCCUUUUGUGUUACUUUCUUGACGUCUGAUCUACACAUUUAAACACUGAAUUCCGAGCUACAGUGUGAUCAGCUCUGCUCCUUUCUCCAGCUUGGCUGCUCCAGUAGGGCAGGUGUUUGUCCAGAUGUUCUGACCCCGCUACUCUUUCCAUCCCCUACUUCCUCCGUUGGCUGGAGCUGGCUUCCUGUCUGGGAACCAGUCUAGUGACUUGGGCAACUGUGAGGAGCGCAAACGAGCCAAGACAGCUGGAUGUGUCUAUGAGAAAAACAAAGUGAGAGAUAGAAGGAAGGAGAGAGAAAAUAUGUGAAGGAGGCAGUAAGAUUUGUCCAGCUUCUCCCCAUGGGAUUUUGGUCGACACGUCCUGGGCCGUGAAACUAUGUUAGGCACAGAGAUUGUAUCAGAAACUUAAGCCCUCAUUCUCUUUGAUGCGGGAUGAGGGUGCUCUCACCUACAAUGACCCCUUGGGUUGUGUUUUUGGUGUGCACACAAUGUGUGCAUAGUACGCUAAGGUGAAUACAAAGGCAAUGGUUUGUUUCAUUUAGGCUACUUUUAGGAGUGGUUGUUUGAGAGUAACCAAAAAUUAUCAAGGCGUUUCCCUUGUCAGUUAAUUUGAGAACGUCAAACCACAUUACACAGUUAAUUCUUUGUCCGAGUGGAGAUAUUGAGAAAAGAUUACCUGAGUCUAAAAUGGAAGCUGUCUUCACCCUGCAUGCAUUGAAUGUGUGUACAGUUCCACAAAAUGGUGUGUGGUAUAUUCUACCACUAAUUGCUUCUGUAGCAUUGGUGCCCUGUAAUAUUGACAGAUUUGUUGGUGCAGGAAUAUCAGUCCAUCUUUUUCUGAGGUGGAAUUUGCCCUUGCAUCAGAAUCUGCCACUUCAUAGUAAAUAGAGGAUGUCCUUGUUGUUUGGCCUCAAGACAACUCCAACCUUAAUUUAUAAGUUCAAGUUUUUACUUAGAAUUUCAAUCGCUCCUUGAUCACAUUACAUAGGCACCUCAAACCAACUUCGGAUUGUUCACAAGGUAGGGACACCCUUUGCUUUUCCCAACAAGCACUUUCACGAUUUUAUAUAAAUAUUAUAUAAAUAUAAAAAGCUCUUCAACCACGUGACUUAGCAACCUAAUUUCAACUGUCCAUUAUUACUUACAUAGAGGCAUGUUGUACAACCUUAGCUUUUCUCAUAAAAGGAUUCCUUAAUGUUUUAUAUAUACUGAACAAAAAUAUAAACGCAACAUGUAAAGUGUUGGUUCCAUGUUUCGUGAGCUGAAAUAAAAGAUCCCAGAAAAUGUCCAUACGCACAGAAAGCUUCUUUCUCUCAAAUGUUGUGCACAAGUUUUGUUUACAUCCCUGUUAGCAAGCAUUUCUCCUUUGCCAAGAGAAUCCAUCCACCUGAAAGGUGUGGCAUAUCAAGAAGCUGAUUAAACAGCAUGAUCAUUGCACAGGUGCACCCUGUGCUGGGGACAAUAAAAGGCCACUCUAAAAUGUGCAGUUUUGUCACACAACACAAUGCCACAGAUGUCUCAAGUUUUGAGGGAGCAUGCAAUUGGCAUGCUGACUGCAGGAAUGUCCACCAGAGCUGUUGCCAGAGAACUGAAUGUUCAUUUCUCUACCAUAAGCAGUCUCCAAUAUCUUUUAGAGAAUUUGGCAGUACAUCCAACCGGCCUCACAACCCCAAACAACGUGUUACCAUGCCAGCCCAGGACCUCCACAUCAGGCUUCUUCACCUGCAGGAUCAUCUGAGACCAGCUACCCCCGACAGCUGAUGAAACUGUGGGUUUGCACAACUGAAGAAUUUCUGCACAAAUUGUCAGAAACCGUCUCAGGGAAGCUCAUCUGCAUACUUCUAACCGUCCUCACAACAGCAUAACACAUGUAUGAUAUCAUUAGGGCGAGCAGUUUGCUGUUGUCAAUGUUGUGAACAGAGUGGCGGUGGGGUUAUGGGAUGGGCAGGCAUAAGCUAUUGACAACCUACACAAUUGCAUUUAUCGAUGGUAAUUUGAAUGCACAAAAAUACCAUGAUGACAUCCUAAGGCCCAUUGUGAGACCCAUUUUUUUAAAGGUAUCUGACCAACAGAUGCAUAUCUGUAUUUCCAGUCAUGUGAAAUCCAUAGAUUUCUUCCAUAGCUAAUUUAUUUAUUUUAAUUGAGUGAUUUCCUCAUAUGAACUGUAAAAUCAAUUAAGUUGUUGCGUUUAUAUUUUUGUUCAGUAUAGCUCAAAUCAUUCGCGAGCUAUGGAUGUUUGUACGUCUGAAUGUCUGGCGAAUAUCGAAUCAUUACCACGGUGAGUAACUUGAUUUGAACACUUUUGUUCCAAGACAGUAUAUUCUUUCCUACCAAAUAUGCCACUCUGAGGCUCAAGAUGGAUUCGAUUUUUCUAUUAACGUACAUGUUUUAAUGAGAUGCUCAAAUUUUAAUUUACAUGUACUUGUAUGUGGUUCGGGUUGUUGUGGGUUCAUGUUGAAACUUGAUAUGGUUGUUAUCAUCGAAGUUAUAUAUAUAUAUUUACAUAGCGAAUGGCAAAUUAUUUAGUCAUUUUUAUUAUACUGCAGACACCACGGCAUUCAUCUAUUUUCAGCGUCAUUAAACUAUACAAUGCUUGCGAGUGACAUUUUCAUAUUCCUGCCUGCUCCCAUAAAGAGAGGAAUGAAUUACCCAAUUUGAAACGGAAUUGCGGUCGUAUUCUACAUAGAUUGGCACAGCGUUCCCAUGCGUUGUCUUCUGACUAGUUUGGUUGUAAACUGACACGGGAAGGGGCUGGUCAUUAACUGAAAGAAAAAAAAGGAAAGAAUUCUGUGAAGAAAUGUAGCUUGCUUAGCAAUUGACGAGCGAGGUGCACACUUAUCCGAAUUGUCUUUUGACUGCUAUUCACUGUCCACGGGUACCCUACGUUUUGUGAUUGAAGGUUUGUCGGCGGUGUCUUUUGAAGUAAUUAGUCGUUAAACAAAUGAUAAGGAGUUGCAGUUACAGUAUGAGUGUCUAAGGAAAUGUCUACAGUUUACCUUGGAUUCCCUAUUUAAAGUCCCAUCAUAAAGUGAGAAUCCCACUGCGUUUCGCAGGUAAGAAUGUAUUACGGUAUGGGAUUUAAUGUGUUGUAGCCUAGUUGUGUGCACUUCAGUUGAAUGGGUUGAAGCUGUCUUUCCUUGCCCCUUAAUUAUUUGGCACCUUUUCACAGCUCAUUGAUUGACAACCUGAAAUUAGGUUGUCAAUCAAUGCGCUCGAGCCGUUUUGUUGAUCUUCUCUGAAAUUUGUAACAAUGUAACACUCAUGGGGCAGUCAUUAAAGGGAUACUUCGGGAUUUUGGCCAUUGAAGACCUUAUCUACUUCCCCAGAGUCAGAUGAACGGUUUCCAUUAGUUACCACAGCCACAAAGUCGAAAAUUGCUUUUCGGUCUUAAAGGUUAGCUGUGUGGUUAAUGUUAAUGUUAAAAUCACAUUUUAAAGACGAGAAAUUGUAGAAAUAGGUGGGGUUUGACUUUGUGGCUGUGGUAACUAGUGGCCCGUUUGAAGGAAGUUGCAAUUGCUGACUAACAUUACAUAGCUCUUGAAACUCAAAUCAACCCUAACAUUCCUUUGACAAUUACCCUAAAAUAAGUUAGUUGCUUCCUACCGAGUUUAAUGAGGGUACCAGCCAUUGCCCAACUAUGUCACAGGUUAGGUUGAUAGUGCUUUCCCAGCUUAUUACCUUCAGUGACUGAGCCAGUUGUGAGGGUCUGUUAACAUUCAACAGCAGUUAGUUAUGUGUCUAAUAGGCAGACCUAUUUCUAUGAUUCAGAUUCCUUCAGAAUUCUCUUAUGCUCACAAAAACAGUAUUGAAUUUUUAUUACCCCCUUUAUUGUUGUGGCAAUGACAUCAUAUAAUGACAUGCUUUAAAUUGAUUCAUAGCUUUGAGAUACCACAGUGAUCCUUUAGAGGUAUAUUUGGCUUUUCAGUUUGAAUGUCCUCAACCUUAUCUCGACAAAGGCUGAGAUGGAUGUCUUACAAAUCAGUUUCAUGUGGACUUGCUGAAAAUAUGACGUCAAAAUGAACUCACUCUGGUCCCCCAAGACAAAUAUUGCUCUAUUUAUUAGUUGUCGUUAGACUGAAGGACCAUUUGCAUAGUUGUCCUGUGAGACCACACACUUGUGGCUGACGUCGUCCCUCUCUCCUCAGCCAGAACUCUCUUACUCCAAUGGGGUAUUCAGCUUUGAACAAUCAGCCAUUCUGGCCUGGCUAUGACACGCGCUCCAGCUCUCAUAACAAAACAGAGGUCACUGUCUCCCAGGACCACGUUUAAUAGGCAGAUGCACGUCUACUGUUUGCUUGGGACACAAACUGGCUCCCAUGGACACCAUUGGCAAUUAAAGAUCUUUUUGGGCCACAGCUUGCAUAUAAUUGGAGAAUACUAUUAUACUGUGUUACUGUAUUCAUCUCUCAAUGGUGUCAUUUCUCAAUAUUCUAUAGCAGUUGUCCCCAUGGAGACCAUAGGACCUACCUUGGUGAAGAAUGUAAACAUUGGCUCAAGGCAGCACAAUGCUCCCCCUCUAUAAAAAUGCUUGAGACUAAAGGUGUCUGUAUGCUUCCAAUCCAGAACAGUUUGGAACAGUUCUUGCAUAUAUUAUGACUACAUUUUGUGAUGUUUUUGUUCGUUCUGGUCUUUGGCAAGGUUUUUUCCCGCUGUUCGUGCACACUUAAUUUUUUCUCAAGGCAAGCCGAAGUCGGUAGUCGAAGUCUGCGCCCAUUCGUCGGUGAUCGGUCAACAGUAGGGAUUUUUCAUUGAAGUGUUUGUUGUCAUUAAACGAGAGAUGAAUCGUUUUCAUGCACAAUUUUUCAAUUGAGAAAUACUUGGAUGUAAAAUUGUGAAAACGUCAAAAUUAAUGACUGAUUUCUUGAGUUAUCUUAGAUUAAUUCUGACUAUUUUGAGGAAGUGUAUACUGGCUACGGCGUCUCAAGAUGGACAAACAGUACUAUUGUCGCUUCUCAUUUUUUAAACGAAGGUCUAUUAAGGGAGUAUGCGAGCACACUGGUUCGCGCCACCCGAAUCGAAGUAUGCGGAAGGCUUUAAGAGGGGCUGUUGUAAACUGGGGGAUGGGGGGGUGUAAUUGAUUAGGUAACCGGAGCGUGAAGCCUGUUGAACGUGAGCAGGUUGCAAUAAGGCUCUCCUAAUAGAGCAUGAAGUUGACAUAAUAGUUGGUUUCCUUGACAUUCCUCUCCAGUAGUAUUGUUGGAUUGAUGUUGCAAGUAGAUAAGACCGCAAUUGACAGACUUAUAUCCAUUGGACUUUACUUGGAAAUGCAUGGUUUAGUUUCAUGGCAUUAGCAUACCUUUUUUUGUCAGUGUUAUCUCUGCAAUCUAAGCAACAAUCCCUAUUCCAGAGAAGUUUCAACCAAUGCCCCUCUCAAACACUAACUUUGACCUUGUGGUUUGCAUCUACAUUUGGCCUGCACGCAUCCUUUGAUUUGGCCUGCACGCAUCCUUUGAAACGACCCAGCCUAAUGGAAUGGAAUGUAGCGGUUGAUGCGGGGCCGACAGCAGAGAACGAGCGUUAUGUUUGCUAUUACGCCGGUAACGGUUACUUUACCACACAUCCGGUCCCAGAGCGCACUGGAGCCUCGCCUGUCACAUGUGCGCUCCAGCAAUCACAACUGUUUUGAUAGCUCACCGUCUAUGGCCUCUGGCCAAGCUUUGGCUCCUCUUCGUUUUUCUCUCUCUCCCCCUCUGUCAUUAUUUCUCCCUCUCCACAUGUUAGUUCAGCAGCAGCUGUCAUGGCGUGCAGAGAGUGGAAGGAACAGAAGAGGGGAAGAAAAAAAGACAAUUGAGAUCCUUAUUUUUCCCACUGAUAUUCUGAUCCAAACAUUUCCCUAGAUAAUCUUAGGAAUGGGCUGAGGAGGAGAAACAAAACUGUUGGCAGGAAAUCUGGUUAAUUAGAAAUAGCUUUAUCUAUCGAAGAUUACUGAGAGGAUAGCUAUGCAAAAGUGCCACGUGGAAUGUUAUUGUUAGAGGUGGGACCAAGUCAUUAUUAUUCGAGUCACAAGCUCCAAAUCUCAAAUCGAGUCCCAAGUAGAACGGGUCAAAGUCGUGCAUUCUAAGAGCAAGUCCAGUUUUUUUUUCAAACAAGUUUCAAGUCAAGUAAAUGCAAUGACUUACUGCAACUCCAAAUCUUUGUCUAUUUAUUGAGGCUACCAGACAGCCCUUUUCAUUAUUUUGUUUCAACACAUUUUGAUUAUGUAAUUGUAAAAUAGGGACAUUGUAGCAGUUAUGAGGACAAGAAAUCAGCAGAAGGCAUGGCAGGUUGACAUUCUCAGUAUAUAUUUAUUUACAGGUGAUGGUGAAUGGUGAAAGUGCCAUAUCAUACAAAAUAUACAAGUAGGUUUACCAAAUAUACACGAGCAAUAGCCCAAAAGAGAUAGGACAUGUUAAGCCUGAUAGAGAGGUCAUCUGAACGGACACAGGUAUAGGCCAUGACUGCACAGCCUGCCCUUGAGAAACCAAAUUGAAUCUGUCUAACAGGAGCUCAAACAGAUACAUACAGUGAGGGGAAAAAAGUAUUUGAUCCCCUGCUGAUUCUGUAUGUUUGCCCACUGACAAAGAAAUGAUCAGUCUAUAAUUUUAAUGGUAGGUUUAUUUGAACAGUGAGAGACAGAAUAACAACAUAAAAAUCCAGAAAAACACAUGUAAAAAAUGCUAUAAAUUGAUUUUCAUUUUAAUGAGGGGAAAUAAGUAUUUGACCCCCUCUCAAUCAGAUAGAUUUCUGGCUCCCAGGUGUCUUUUAUACAGGUAACGAGCUGAGAUUAGGAGCACACUCUUAAAGGGAGUGCUCCUAAUCUCAGUUUGUUACCUGUAUAAAAGACACCUGUCCACAGAAGCAAUCAAUCAAUAAAUUCCAAACUCUCCACCAUGGCCAAGACCAAAGAGCUCUCCAAGGAUGUCAGGGACAAGAUUGUAGACCUACACAAGGCUGGAAUGGGCUACAAGACCAUCGCCAAGCAGCUUGGUGAGAAGUUGACAACAGUUGGUGCGAUUAUUCGCAAAUGGAAGAAACACAAAAGAACUGUCAAUCUCCCUCGGCCUGGGGCUCCAUGCAAGAUCUCACCUCGUGGAGUUGCAAUGAUCAUGAGAACGGUGAGGAAUCAGCCCAGAACUACACGGGAGGAUCUUGUCAAUGAUCUCAAGGCAGCUGGGACCAUAGUCACCAAGAAAACAAUUGGUAACACACUACGCCGUGAAGGACUGAAAUCCUGCAGGACCCGCAAGGUCCCCCUGCUCAAGAAAGCACAUAUACAGGGCCGUCUGAAGUUUGCCAAUGAACAUCUGAAUGAUUCAGAGGAGAACUGGGUGAAAGUGUUGUGGUCAGAUGAGACCAAAAUGGAGCUCUUUGGCAUCAACUCAACUUGCCGUGUUUGGAGGAGGAAUGCUGCCUAUGACCCCAAGAACACCAUCCCCACCAUCAAACAUGGAGGUGGAAACAUUAUGCUUUGGGGGUGUUUUUCUGCUAAGGGGACAGGACAACUUCACCGCAUCAAAGGGACGAAGGACGGGACCAUGUACCAUCAAAUCUUGCGUGAGAACCUCCUUCCCUCAGCCAGGGCAUUGAAAAUGGGUCGUGGAUGGGUAUUCCAGCAUGACAAUGACCCAAAACACACGGCCAAGGCAACAAAGGAGUGGCUCAAGAAGAAGCACAUUAAGGUCCUGGAGUGGCCUAGCCAGUCUCCAGACCUAAAUCCCAUAGAAAAUCUGUGGAGGGAGCUGAAGGUUCGAGUUGCCAAACGUCAGCCUCGAAACCUUAAUGACUUAGAGAAGAUCUGCAAAGAGGAGUGGGACAAAAUCCCUCCUGAGAUGUGUGCAAACCUGGUGGCCAACUACAAGAAACGUCUGACCUCUGUGAUUGCCAAAAUAGUUUUGUCACCAAGUACUAAUUCAUGUUUUGCAGAGGGGUCAAAUACUUAUUUCCCUCAUUAAAAUGCAAAUCAAUUUAUAACAUUUUUGACAUGCGUUUUUCUUGAUUUUUUUGUUGUUAUUCUGUCCCUCACUGUUCAAAUAAACCUACCAUUAAAAUUAUAGACUGAUCAUUUCUUUGUCAGUGGGCAAACUUACAAAAUCAGCAGGGGAUCAAAUACUUUUUUCCCCUCACUGUAUAAGCACUUGGCCCAUCCCAGGACCAUACAAUUACCCAACUGGCAAUUACAACCAAUAAAUGGCAAUUUCCACAUCCAUUGUUACAUUUGUACACUCGUCUUAAUCAGACUUAAUGAUUAUUAAUGAUAUUUCAUCACCAUUCAUACAUGGAACAAUAAUUUUCUCUUAUUCACCGUACUGACUCCAAAGUGUGGCGCACAUGCCAUGUAGCAUAUUUCUAUGCACACUGAUGCACACGCGCUCCUGUUACGCACAACCAGAAUGACAGAGACAUAGGACACAGACGGAACUCCGAAAUAACUUGAAAUAUGAACAAAGGAAACCAUACCAGAGCCCGACAAUGGAGCUCUCAUUCGAAACCCAACAUUAGCAUGAAUUACGUCAACAAGCAGUACAACAUUACAAUUAUUUUCCUAGAUGUGAGAUAAUUAACUUGUCUGUAAUAUCGUAUAGCUUUGGAAUCAUGACAUUACGUAAUUUAGAGGAAAAUAGGCAGGUUUCUCGACUCACUCUAACUUUGAGAAGGGAUUGCAUGACGAUUUAGCUUAGCAAACGCGUGACGCAGCAUGACACCGUGAACGCGAUUGGUCGACAGUCUGUUGGGUGGGGCAUUAUAUGUUCCUCCUUUCAUUGCCCAAUGGGAUUCCUAUCUCCGAUCUGUUAUCACAUAAUGUAUUGUCUGUUGUUAUGACAGGCACACGCUAGCUGUUCAUUACAAAAAUGUUUUCUUACGGAAACCAUAAUAUAAAUUACACUGUUAUUCAAUUGAAAAUAUAUUGGCUUUAUAUUAACAGCAAAUGUCAUGCGCUGAUGACUGAAAACGUUAAUGCAGGAAUUUCUUUCAUCACAUUCCCAGUGGGUCAGAAGUUUACAUACACUCAAUUAGUAUUUGGUAGCAUUGCCUUUAAAUUGUUUAACUUGGGUCAAAUGUUUCGGGUAGCCUUCCACAAGCUUCCCACAAUAAGUUGGGUGAAUAUUGGCCCAUUCCUCCUGACAGAGCUGGUGUAACUGAGUCAGGUUUGUAGGCCUCCUUGCUCGCACACGCUUUUUCAGUUCCGCCCACAAGUUUUCUAUAGGAUUGAGGUCAGGGCUUUGUGAUGGCCACUCCAAUACCUUGACUUUGUUGUCGUUAAGCCAUUUUGCCACAACUUUUGAAGUAUGCUUGGGGUCAUUGUCCAUUUGGAAGACCCAUUUGCGGCCAAGCUUUAACUUCAUGACUGAUGUCUUGAGAUGUUGCUUCAAUAUAUCCACAUAAUUUUCCUUCCUCAUGAUGCCAUCUAUUUUGUGAAGUGCACCAGUCCCUCCUGCAGCAAAGCACCCGCACAGCAUGAUGCUGCCACCCCUGUGCUUCACGGUUGGGAUGGUGUUCUUUGGCUUGCAAGCCACCCCCUUUUUCCUCCAAACAUUACAAUGGUCAUUAUGGCCAAACAGUUAUAUUUUUGUUUCAUCAGACCAGAGGACAUUUCUCCAAAAGGUACGAUCUUUGUCCCAAUGUGCAGUUGCAAACCGUAGUCUGGCUUUUUUAUGGCGGAUUUGGAGCAGUGGCUUCUUCCUUGCUGAGCGGCCUUUCAGGUUAUGUCGAUAUACGACUAGUUUUACUGUGGAUAUAGACACUUUUGUACCUGUUUCCUCCAGGAUCUUCACAAGGUCCUUUGCUGUUGUUCUGGGAUUGAUUAGCACUUUUCGCACCAAAGUACGUUCAUCUCUAGGAGACAGAACGUUUCUUCUACAAUUUCUUUUCUGAGGUCUUGGCUGAUUUCUUUUGAUUUUCCCAUGAUGUCAAGCAAAGAGGCACUGAGUUUGAAGGUAGGCCUUGAAAUACAUCCACAGGUACACCUCCAAUUGACUCAAAUGAUGUGAAUUAGCCUGUCAGAAGCUUCUAAAGCCAUGACAUCAUUUUCUGGAAUUUUCCAAGCUGUUUAAAGGCACAGUCAACUUAGUGUAUGUAAACUUCUGACCCACUGGAAUUGUGAUACAAUACAUUUGUGGAGUGGUUUUAAAACGAGUUUUAAUGACUCCAACCUAAGUGUAUGUAAACUUCCGACUUCAACUGUAAGUAGCACAGAUAGCUUGCUUGCUAGCUAGCUAGGCUAACUACAUUGCUGGUUAGCUAGCCAGCUAAUGUUAACCAAAUGAGCAUGUGAUGAGGACAGGGCGGCUUGCUUGGUGAAGUGUACUUUUGAUUAUUUACUUAUUUAAUUACGCUGUUACUGGCUCUGGCAAGCUACUCACCGUCAAACCACCAUGUCCACUCUGACUCAAGUCAUGACUUACAGGCUGAAUGAUGUUCAAUGAGCAGCUCGUAGAGCGCCCUCUUCAGGCAACCAUUGAAAAAGUAUAUGUAUAUAAUAUCGCUGCUUUAUCGGCGGAAUAAAGACCGAUACAAAUAUUUCUGAGAAAGGCUAAUAUCAGCCGAUAAUAUCGGUCAACCGAUUUAUCGUUCGGGCUCUAAAUAAGCAGAAUUUCUACCUCAUACGUCUUGCGAACGUUCAUGUGCACAAUAAACAUCGUGCCCACUCAGAGGGUAAGAAAUUGCUAAUGAAAAUGUAUCAAACAUGAAACAUAAAUAUCUAAGUGUUGCAAUAAACGCUACGGGGAUGGAAUGAUGAAACGCCAUUAAUUAUUGUAGGAUUAGAUGUAAUAUAGAUUUACCACAUAUGCAUUUAAAUGUCUAAAAGCAACAGCAAACAUUUCAACAAGAGAACAAAGCGCUCUCCACUGGCGGGAGUUUGGAGAGUGCAAGUGGAGAGAUGUGCGUUCUCCAGUAAUAAUACAUUUUAACAAAUUCCAAAUUCAAGCUUCAUAAGUAAAUUAUAAAUUUCAAGCAAUUUUGAAAUACCAAAAGGCCUAUGCUAGUAAUUGUUGCUUGAUGCCCAAUUCCUGGUGAGCUUGCAAAGUAAACAGUUAAUUUUCUUGAUCACCAAACAAUUUUUGGAGCUGCAUAUUUAUUUAUUAUGGCAAUCCUCUCUCCCUACAAUUUGACGUUUGCGCUGCACCCCAUCCUAUAGCUGUACAGCAAAUCGUCUAUCUGUCAAUUAGCUCACCCAUUUUACAUUUACAUUUUAGUCAUUUAGCAGACGCUCUUAUCCAGAGCGACUUACAAGAGCAAUUAGGGUUAAGUGCCUUGCUCAAGGGCACAUUUACGUCAUUUAGCAGACGCUCUUAAACAGAGCGACUCACAAAUUGGUGCAUUCACCCGACCUGUGUUGAUUGACAGUUUGCUGGUCCAAUCAGAGGGCAGAGUGUGUGUUUAACUAGCCAAUCUUUUGCACGUUUUUUUGCAAGGGUGAUGCUGCGGCUACUCACUCUGGCUGCGUGGAGAGUCAUCCAGGGAGACACUGCCACAAAAUGAGUGACAAAAUGUUACAAAAUCUGGCCAGAUAAUUUCAAGUCAUUAGUCUCAAGUCAGAGUCCCGAGUCAUGAGGCUCCAAGUCAAGCCUCAAGUUAUUUUAUUUUCUAGUCCACAACAGUUGUUAGUGCCCUCUACAGUGGUACUUAACUGUGAAAGUUGUAAAGAUAAAGAACAGACAGUAGCUGCUUUGUGUUGACUCUGACAGGCAUUUAUACUUAAAGUGUGUCCUUGUUUGCCUCUGCAGCCAGCAUUAUGUUGGCGUAUUUCAUACUGCUGCUUACAGUGCCUUAAUAGGCCUAAUUAAUGAUGGUUUCCUUUCAAAAAGUAGUAAAAGUAUUUUAUUACUGUAUGAGCAUCCUGACAGUCCGCCUCACCAGUUUUAUCACAACAAUGCUCCCCAUAACUGUCAAAAUUCCACACAUAUUUUUUAAUCGUCUGCCAGUUGAUUUUUUUUGUCCAAGUGUUCCACAUGCAGAUCUCAGGGUGAGACUGUUGGCUCUAAUUUGACUUGAUGUGGACCGUGGAGACUUCCACCCUGUCCAAGCAUCAUGGGAGCCACCCAACCACCCGAGGAGCAGCUCUCUGCCCCACUGGCAUUUGAUAGGUUUCCAGAUGCAUACCAUGAUAUAAGAAGCUAUCAGCAACCGCUGGGAAAGUUACAUCACCCCGAUCAUCUAGCCCGGCUGCUAGUCUUAAAUCUGAGCGUUAAUGUUGCGGAGGACAGUGUGUUGCUUUACCCGACCGUGUGCGAUAGUUUUAACCAUAUGGUUUUCAUUUUGGAGGCUUUCGCCAAAGAUUGAUUAAACAAUGAGCUCAUCGUGGUUACGACGUCGACCACGAAGAUUCCAUCUGCUAGCCCCGGCCCGCUAGCACACGCUAGCCGUGGCCUCUUACUCGCUAGUGCUUUAGCAGCCUCCGAACUAUCCUAUUGCUGUUCACCGGACCUUAUGAUAACUCAGCUAUACAGCUGAUGUCUGCUGGACUGUUCCUUUUUACGGUACUACAUCCUGUUUAUGUUUAGCCUCAGCCCAAACAUGGUUAGCUUAUUGUUGUUUCGGUUAUUUCUAAUUGUACUAUUUCACUGUAGAUCCCCCAGCCCAGCUAAACCUGCCUUAGAUAGCUCCUUUGUCCCACCCCCCAUACACGCGGAGACCGACUCAAUUGAUGCCUCCAGUGAUGCUAUCUCUUUCAUUGUUACCCAACGCUUAGGUUUACCUCCACUUUACUCAUAUCCUUCCAUAUCCUUGUCUGUACAUAAUGCCCUGAAUCUUUUCUACAACACCCGGAAAUCUGCCCCCUUUAUUCUAUGUACCCAACGCACUAGAAGACCAGUUCUUAAAGCCUUUAGCCGUAUCCUUAUUCUAGUCCUCCUCUGUUCCUCUGGUGAUGUAGAGGCUAACCCAGGCCCUGCAGCCCUCAGUAUCACUCCUACUCCCCAGGCGCUAUCAUUUGCUGACUUCUGUAAUCGCAAAAGUCUUGGUUUCUUGCACGUAAAUAUCAGAAGUCUACUUCCUAAGUUUGAGUUAUUCACUGCGUUAGCACACUCCGCCAACCCUGAUGUUCUAGCAGUGUCUGAAUCCUGGCUCAGGAAGGCCACCAAAAAUUCUGAAAUGUCCAUCCCCAACUAUAACAUUUUCCGUCUAGAUAGAACUGCCAAUGGGGGUGGAGUUGCAAUCUACUGUAGAGAUAGCCUGCAGAGCUCUAUCAUACAAUCCAGGUCUGUGCCCAAACAGUUUGAGCUUCUACUUCUAAAAAUCCACCUUUCCAGAAAUAAGUCUCUCACUGUUGCCGCUUGCUACAGACUCCCCUCAGCCCCCAGCUGUGCCCUGGACACCAUAUGUGAAUUGAUUGCCCCCCAUUUAUCCUCAGAGUUCGUACUGCUUGGUGACCUAAAUUGGGAUAUGCUUAAUACCCCGGCCAUCCUACAAUCCAAACUAGAUGCCCUCAACCUCACGCAAAUUAUCAACGAACCUACCAGGUACAACCCUAAAUCCGUAAACAUGGGUACCCUCAUAGAUAUCAUCCUGACUAACAUACCCUCUAAAUACACCUCAGCUGUCUUCAACCAGGAUCUCAGCAAUCACUGCCUUAUUGCCUGCGUCCGUAACGGGUCCGCGGUCAAACGACCACCCCUCAUCACUGUCAAACGCUCCCUAAAACACUUUAGCGAGCAGGCCUUCCUAAUUGACCUGGCCCAGGUAUCCUGGAUGGAUAUAGAUCUCAUUCCGUCAGUAGAGGAUGCCUGGUUGUUCCUUAAAAGUAAUUUCCUCUCAAUCUUAAAUAAACAUGCCCCAUUCAAAAAAUACAGAACUAAGAACCGAUAUAGCCCCUGGUUCUCCUCAGACUUGACUGCCCUUGACCAGCACAAAAACAUCCUGUGGCGUACUGCAUUAGCAUCAAAUAGCCCCCGCGAUAUGCAACUUUUCAGGGAAGUUAGGAACCAAUAUACACAAGCAGUCAGGAAAGCAAAGGCUAACUUUUUCAAACAGAAAUUUGCAUCCUGUAGCACUAACUCCAAAAAGUUUUGGGACACUGUAAAGUCCAUGGAGAAUAAGAGCACUUCCUCCCAGUUGCCCACUGCACUGAGGCUAGGAAACACUAUCACCACCGAUAAAUCUACAAUAAUCGAGAAUUUCAACAAGCAUUUUGCUACAGCUGGCCAUGCUUUCCAUCUGGCUACCACUACCCCGGCCACCAACUCUGCACCCUCCGCUGCAACUUGCCCAUGCCCCCCCCCCGCUUCUCCUUCACACAAAUUCAGACAGCUGAUGUUUUGAAAGCGCUGCAAAAUCUGGACCCCUACAAAUCAGCUGGGCUAGACAAUCUGGACCCUUUCUUUCUAAAACUAGCCGCCGAAAUUGUCGCUACCCCUAUUACUAGUCUGUUCAACCUCUCUUUCAUAACGUCUGAGAUCCCCAGAGAUUGGAAAGCUGCCGCGGUCAUCCCCCUCUUCAAAGGGGGUGACACUCUAGAUCCAAACUGCUACAGACCUAUAUCCAUCCUGCCCUGCCUUUCGAAAGUAUUUGAAAGCCAAGUUAACAAACAGAUCACCGACCAUUUCGAAUACCACCGUACCUUCUCCGCUAUGCAAUCCGGUUUCCGAGCUGGUCAUGGGUGCACUUCAGCCACGCUCAAGGUCCUAAACGAUAUUAUAACCGCGAUUGAUAAUAGACAGUACUGUGCAGCCGUCUUCAUCGACCUGGCCAAGGCUUUCGACUCUGUCAACCACCGCAUUCUUAUUGGCAGACUAAAUAGCCUUGGUUUCUCAAAUGACUGCCUCGCCUGGUUCACCAACUACUUCUCAGAUAGAGAUCAGUGUGUCAAAUCGGAGGGCCUGUUGUCUGGACCUAUGGCAGUCUCUAUGGGGGUGCCACAGGGUUCAAUUCUUGGGCCGACACUUUUCUCCGUGUAUAUCAAUGAUGUCGCUCUUGCUGCUGGUGACUCUCAGAUCCACCUCUGCGCAGACGACACCAUUUUGUAUACAUCUGGCCCUUCAUUGGACACUGUGUUAACAAACCUCCAAACGAGCUUCAAUGCCAUACAACACUCCUUCAGUAGCCUCCAACUGCUCUUAAACACUAGUAAAACUAAAUGCAUGCUUUUCAAUCGAACGCUGCUGGCACCCGCCCACCCGACUAGAAUCACCACUCUCGACGGGUCUGACCUAGAGUAUGUGGACAACUACAAAUACCUAGGUGUCUGGUUAGACUGUAAACUCUCCUUCCAGACUCACAUAAAGAAUCUCCAAUCCAAAGUUAAAUCUAGAAUCGGCUUCCUAUUUCGCAACAAAGCCUCCUUCACUCAUGCUGCCAAACAUGCCCUCGUAAAACUGACUAUCCUACCGAUCCUUGACUUCGGCGAUGUCAUUUACAAAAUAGCCUCCAACACUCUACUCAGCAAAUUGGAUGUAGUCUAUCACAGUGCCAUCCGUUUUGUCUCCAAAGCCCCAUACACUACCCACCACUGUGACCUGUACGCUCUUGUUGGCUGGUCCUCACUACAUGUUCGUCGUCAAACCCACUGGCUCCAGGCCAUCUAUAAAUCACUGCUAGGCAAAUCCCCGCCUUAUCUUAGCUCAUUGGUCACCAUAGCAGUACCCACCCGUAGUCUGCGCUCCAGCAGGUAUAUCUCACUGGUAAUUCCCAAAGCCAACACCUCCUUUGGCCGCCAUUCCUUCCAGUUCUCUGCUGCCAAUGACUGGAACGAAUUGCAAAAAUCUCUGAAGCUGGAGACUCUUAUCUCCCUCACUAACUUUAAGCAUCAGUUGUCAGAGCACCUUACCGAUCACUGCACCUGUACACAGCCCAUCUGAAAUUAGCCCACCCAACUACCUCAUCCCUAUAUUGUUAUUUAUUUUGCUCUUUUGCACCCCAGUAUCUCUAUUUGCACAUAAUCUCUUGCACAUCUAGCAUUCCAGUGUUAAUACUAUUGUAAUUAUUUUGCACUAUAGCCUAUUUAUUGCCUUACCUCCAUAACUUGCUACAUUUGCACACACUGUAUAUAUAUUUUCUGUUGUAUUUUUGACUUUAUGUUUUUUUACCCCAUAUGUAACUCUGUGUUGUUUUUAUUGCACUGCUUUGCUUUAUCUUGGCCAGGUCGCAGUUGUAAAUGAGAACCUGUUCUCAACUGGCUUACCUGGUUAAAUAAAGGUUAAAUAAAAAAUUUAAAAAAUCAUUGUCCCGCAGUCAAUUAGAUUUUCUGAAGAGCAUCUCUCGAAUUGCCCCUUCGCUGUCAGCAGAGUUGACAUUGAGCAGAGCAAUCUUCAGGCUUGCGCUCCUACCCGCUUCAGUUGAUGUGGGCUCCUAAAUAACAGUGACAGUCGGUGUAAGCCGAUACAAUUGCUCCGUCAGCACCCACAUGUUUUGCAAAGCCCUUUUGAUGCCUCAACGGUUGGUAAACAAAGCUGCUUCAGCAGUUUGUGGUGGGAUACAGCAUCAAGACAUUUCUCACUUUCUCACAGGGGAAAUCCUAGCUCCACUUAGCUUGAAAUGAAGCAAUACAGAAAGUAUGGUUCAUGAUUUAGAAGCAGUGUGCUUCUCAUCAAUUGUACUCAAUAUAAACAAGUGAAAGUGCUUUCGACUCUAUCUCUGGUAGGGCUGAGCCCAAUUAGUCGACUGGUCUAUUGUUUGGUCGAUAGGCUGUUGGUCAACCAAUAUUUAUUUUUUUGUCGAGCAGUAGCAAAUAUAGCUACACUGAACAAAAAUAUAAACGCAACAUGUAAAGUGUUGGUCCCAUGUUUCAUGAGCUGAAAUAAAAAAUCCCAGAAAAGUUCCAUACGCUCAAAAAGCUUAUUUCUUUCAAAUUUUGUGCACACAUUUGUUUACAUCCCAGUUAGUGAGCAUUUCUCCUUUGCCAAGAUAAUCCAUCCACCUGACAGGUGUGGCAUAUCAAGAAGCUGAUUAAACAGCAUGAUCAUUACACAGGUGCACCUUGUGCUGGGGACAAUAAAAGGUCACUUUAAAAUGUGCAGUUUUGUCACACAACACAAUGCCACAGAUGUCUCAAGUUUUGAGGGAGCAUGCAAUUGGCAUGCUGCCUGCAGAAAUGUCCACCAGAGCUGUUGCCAGAGAAUUGAAUGUUCAUUUCUCUACCAUAAACUGCCUCCAAAGUCGUUUUAGAGAAUUUAGCAGUACAUCCAACCGGCCUCACAACCGCAGACCAUGUGUAACCACGCCAGCCAAGGACCUCCACAUCCGGCUUCUUCACCUGCGGGAUCGUCUGAGGGGGGUAGGAGUAUUUCUGUCUGUAAUAAAGCCCUUUUGUGGGGAAAAACUCAUUCUGAUUGGCAGGGCCUGGCUCCCCAGUGGGUGGGCCUGGCUGCCAAGUGGGUGGGCCUAUGCCCUCCAAGGCCCACCCAUGGCUGCACCCCUGCCCAGUCAUGUGAGAUCCAUAGAUUAGGGCCUAAUUUAUUUAUUUAUAUUGACUGAUUUCCUUAUAUGAACUGUAAGUCAGUAAAAUCUUAGAAAUUGUUGCAUGUUACGUUUAUUUUUGUUCAGUAUAUUAUUUUAUGGCACACAAGACACCUGUCUUAUUCGCGCCCAUCUCAGUGAACUAAUCCCUUGCGGCGGCCGAGACUAAUCCAUUGCGUAGGCCGCGCCCAAAAAGAAGGGGAGUGUUGCUAAGAUGCACAAUGCACAUCUCUCUUCAGUAUGCGCUCUCUCCCGCCAAUUUGUGCACAUUCAUUGUUUCGUAACUUAAUUGUGUGAAUUGUUUGCGUUUGAUUGUUAGUGUCUAUUAAUUCCCUAUUAAAUAUAUCACCAGUAGGACAUUUACCGUUAAUUUCUAUCAUUUUUAAUCUACAAUGUUUGUUUGGUUACAGUAAUUUCUGUUAAUGCAUUCAAUAUAUUAUUAUUCCAGUCUUUUACUUUUGAGAAACAAGUUUUGGUUUAUUUAAUUGCAUUUUUGAAUUUAGUCAUUGUCUUUUGUUUGGAGCGCUCCUGUCAAUGUUGAAUAAGGACGUGCACCUGAUUACGCAUAGAUGUAGGCCUAUAGGCUACCUGGCCUGCGCGCAAAUGUAGGCAUAUAAAUGUGCCCAUUUGGGGAUCUGAUAGUAUUUCUGAUUGGCUUAACGCAUCACCACUAAUGAGCUGUGGAGCUUCUCAAGGUAAUGUUUUCUUCACCUCAAACAGCAAGCAAACAAAGUCUGUUUUUACAUCCAUUGAAAAUGACAAUAGUUCCUCAAUGUAUUUGAAUUCUCCCUUUCGAUAACCACUCAACGUGAAAGGGAAAAAUGUCAUGCUCUGAUCCAGUGGAAACAUCAUAAAAUAGGCCUACCUGGUUACUUCUUAUACCUUGCUCAAAUAGCCUACAGCUUUGUCUGUCCCGAGCUCACUGGUGCAGGAAACUCUGAGGGCCCAGAAUAUUUUAUACAAUGUUGCAAGUUUGCAAGCGCGAGCUUCGGGCCAGACCCAAGUUAAUAGUUGAUGCAAGGUUUCAAGUUUGUUGCAGACAGGCCAUGCGUAACCAAUGUGAUUUAUAGGAUAUUUAUUUUUAGCAGGGUAUUUUCUACCUGCAGGCUGCAAUGUUUAUAUUUGUUGGUUUUAUUUAGGGUAUUUUUACAUAGUUGGCAAUGGCAAUAGAAGUACCAUAUAGGUUUGUAUCAUUUUAAUUUAGAUUUUAAUCAAAUUCUGAUUAACCACAUGACUGAUUUUGAGAUACGAAGACAUUAUUAUUAAAUAAAAUGAAACUGUUCCAUGAAAAUGUGCAUAUGAAAACCAUAACUGGGACGCAGAUCGGUAGAAAUGGUAAGAUAAAGUGGCAUUCCACAUGAGAAAGGUUGCCGACUCCUCGUGUAGCCUAUUACCGGCAACGGCAGAAUCUGCGAAAGCCAGCAGGAGCGGGAGGAGGAUGGUCAGGUGAAUUGUUUUAAAAUCUGGUUAUCUUGAUCUCUUGCUCCCUCCUGAGUCAUUUGUGUCUAAUUUCAUCAAACAGAGUGCUCAAAGCAUAUAGUUGAUUUUAUUAAAACACAUAGGGUGUGUCUAUAUAUGAAAAAAAAUAAACUUUUUUAAAAAUGUCAACCAAUUGAUUGGUCGAAAGAACAGACAACUUUCGGUCUACCAAGUUUUUUUUUGUCCGGGACAGCCUUAAUCUCUGGUGAAGAGAGUGGAGUCACUCAGACAAGUUGUGUCCCUGGAAUAGGGUAGCUUAUUUGUUUGUAUUCUGUAGAGGGAAUGUUGGUUCCCCUGCAACGUGUCAGCCAAUCUACAAUUUGCAGUGGAGGAUUUGUGAACAAAGGUUUGCGGGCAUGCCAACUCCAUUGUUCUCUCCAAAAGCUGAGGUUUUUCACUUGAUAGCUUUUCCGUAUUGUUCCCUAUGGAUAAAACAACUGGGCCCAUACUUGAAAGGCUUAGACCUUUUUCCAGACCCAUUCAUUGUCUUGUGAAGCUGGGGUCAUACAGUCUCAAAAAAUCAUCCCAUGUUGUAAAAGAAGGGUUGGCAUUAGAAGAAAAAAAAACUGUUUGUCACAGGGACUGGCUUAUUCAGACUUUUUCCCACCUCUGGUGUGUUAUGUUUCCAUUGAACCUUGGAUUGACAAUUUUGAAAAGAUCUAAUGAAAGCAAGCUGACUUUACUGGUAUGCAUGCAUCACUUUGCACAGCGUUAUUUCACGUUGCACUGAUGGUCAACACCAGCUGAACACCUGCGAGUGUGAGAGUGUAUUAAACAUAUUGUGUGUUUCUCUGUUUCCGGCAGUGUCUAAGAAGCACGGGAAGCUGAUCACGUUCCUGCGCACCUUCAUGAAGUCCCGGCCUACCAAGCAGAAGCUGAAGCAGAGGGGAAUCCUCCGGGAGAGGGUGUUUGGCUGUGACCUGGGAGAGCACCUCCUCAACUCGGGCCACGAUGGUGAGAUUUACGCUGUCUUUCACUCUCUCUGACUCUUGCUCUCUCUCACAAACACAGACACAGUCUAUCUUUCACACACACAUACUGGCAGAAGUUCUUCAGCUUUGACCUCAUUUGUGGUGUUGGCGACUUGAAACGCACACAUGUAAACACUAACAUGCUGAGGGGUGUUCUCAGGAUGAACAGUCGCCCUUCUUUGUGCAUGAUGGUCACUCACACUAUGGUAAAAGUGUCGACUAGUCUCCACCUAACAUUGGCUGUAAAUCAAGGCUCGGCUCAACUUGGCUCAACUCCGGUAGAGGCUAGAGCAAGGUUGAGCUGUUGAGAGUUCAGGUGGGCCUUCACGUUUCAGCAAACAAAGGAGAGGAGUGCUGCUCAACAACAGUGACAAAAAUCAUGAGAAUGGCUUACCAAGAAAAACUUCCAAAAGGACUAAUUCGAGGUAAAAAGGAGUUGGAGCACUCAACAAAAAAAAUGCAGAGUAAUUUGUUUGCUCACUUUAGUCCAUUGUUUGGCCCAUUGACACGCAAUGUAAAAAAAUAUAUAUAUAUUAUGAUAUGUUUCAAGGUAAAUGGCAAAUUAUAGCACAAAGUAAUAAGAUAAAUAGUGUGUCUCGUUAAUCAAUAGGCCAUGUCUAAAUAUACAUAGGUGAUAUUUGCGUGUCUGUGAAUCUGGAGACACAGAGAUCCAAAAAAUCAAGGCAACAACAUUAUAGAAAUGAGGACAGUGAAAAAUCAUCAUUUAGCCCUUUUGGAUCCACAGUGUCUAAGGAGUACUGCCAGAAUGCCUCUUUGUUUUAAUUUGCGUACAAUAUUAAUAUUAAUUAAUAUGCCAUUUAGCAGACGCUUUUAUCCAAAGCGACUUACAGUCAUGUGUGCAUACAUUUUUGUGAAUGGGUGGUCCCGGGGAUCGAACCCACUACCUUGGUGUUACAAGCGCCGUGCUCUACCAGCUGAGCUACAGAGGACCACUAUAUCACCUCCUUGGUGAAAUUUUUACAUGUUCUAUGGCUACAUAGCGCCGGGAGGAAGGUGUGCCAUGGAUGGCUUCGAUGCAGUGGCGCGCAAUAGCAUAGUCCGUGUUUUUGUUCUGCAAUGCGAAGUUUCAAUGCAAAGUUUAGUUUGACCAAUAUACAGUAAGCAGCCCAGCAGAUACAUUUGAGCAUGUAUAUGACAUCUGUGGUGCUACAAUGACUGAAUCUUUUGGAUUUUUUGUAUUCUUUACCUGUUCUCGGGUAAACAAAUGCGAGGGUGGCAAUGUUGUGAACUCUCGUACAUUUUGGAUCUCUUUUGAGGAUGUUCCAGUGUUUCAAUACAAUGCAACCCAGCACAUGGGCUAUACUCCGUGGGAAAACACAAACGUCCUGGUUUCUAUUAGUGCCAGUGAGAGGGCUUUGACGUUCAUUCUCUCUACCACGGGUAUAGGCCUGUUCAAUGACACCCUUCUCAUACCAGCAUUGCAGGAACUUGGUGCGCAUAUCAUUAACUUUGCGCUCUAAAUCUAUGUCUGUACUACAGUUAAGUCUGAGUCUUAGGAAUUGACUCACCGGUAUGUUCCGCUUAAGAUGUACCGGGUGGUUACUGUCUGUGCGUAAAAGUGUAUUCUUACUUUGUGGCUUGCGGAAGAUAGUAGACUCCAACUUGUUUUCUUUGUUAGUGGAUUGUAAGAUCCAAUAACUAUUUUCUCCUGACUUCUCUCUACUGUGAAUUUGAGAUAGGGGUCAGAUAAGUUAAUAUAAGAAAUUAAUUCUGAGGUUGAGCUGUUGUUGACUGAUCCAUACAGCUCUACGGGCCGGGCAUGCAGAGUGAACCCGACCACCCCCUGUGCCCUGGGAGGGUUGCCACGGCGACACUGGUGGCUUACAGAAGGUGUAAUGGUCAAGUCGGCAGUGUGGUUAAAGAAAAUUUCUCCUCUCCACUGAUCUGGAGCCUGAGGGAUCUGGCAACACAUGCUUUGUUUGCCCCCAAAUCCAUCCUGAGCCAUCUGUUCUGUCAGCCAUCUUCACCACUACUAUCCUCUUCUGCUCUGUUCAGAUUGGCCGCCACCACACUGCAUUACAGUGGCAGGACUCUUACUGUUGCACAAGUACAAUACUGCCCAUGUCGUCAGUGGUGUGGCUUUAGGAGAAGCAGGCGUCCAUCCAGGAAAGGAUAAGACUAAUUGAUGGGUUUAUCUUAGGCAAUUCGUAUGCUGUGUACAUAGCCCAUAUUCAGCUUAUAUUUGAAUGGCAUUGAUUUUAGAUUUGUUAGUGAAGAGUCAGACAGUCUUCCUUCCCCGUUGGAAACCUGACGUCAAAUCACAUGCCUUGAGUUGUCCUCAUUAUAUAUGCACGUGCUGUGUGUGUUUGCGCACACAUCUGUCAUGUGAGAAAGGAGAUGACAGACUUGCGGUCUCAGAGAUGGUAACUCUUAUGACAGACAGCCAGUCAGAGCUGUCUGAACUGAGAUAAAUGUCAAACGACACGACCAUACUUUACCUUUCAAACUGGAGCAGAGCAGCGCUCCCCAACAGUAACGAGAUAGGGGAUGACACCAGGGAUAGAUGACAUGACAUCACUGCACAGCUCCGGAGAUUAUAUCUGUCCUGACUUUAUGGCUAAGCCUCAGUUGCUCUAUGUCUGUAUGAGCAGCACAGCUUUGAUACCAAGCUGGCAAAUGUCUUGUUUGGGUGUCACAUAAAUGCAGGCCUAGACAAAUGUUGUUUUAUGAUGUCAUAAGCUAGCUUCUCCCUCGUGUAGAUGUGCUUAAGGUAACUCCUCUAUCGUUGACUAUUGUCAUACAUGAUAACGCUAGUCAUAAGAAUUGUAUUUUCUUCACACACGCCAAACAAGUUAAGAGACUACAGAUUACAAAGACAGAACCCAAUAAAGACAACACCCUUAAAAGGCAGAAUCCUUAGUGCAGAACCCAUAUAAAAACAGGAUAGUAUUGCUGAGCCACUUUCACCUCCAUGUGUAGUGUUUGGAAUGGACUGUGGGAAGUUUAAGCUGUACCUGUAGGUGCUAUCUAGAACCUAAAACGGUUCUUCGGCUGUCUAUAUGGGAGAACCCUUUGUAAAACCCUUUCCACAGAGGAUUCUACAUUUAACCCAGAAGAGUUCUACCUGGAACUAAAAAGGAUUCUACCUGGAACCAAAAAGGGUUCUCCUUUUGGGGACAGCCGAAUAACCUUUUUUUCUAACAGUGUAUGUCUUUCAUACUAUGUGUGGAAUUUGGUGGAACAGCUGCUUCCGAGAUGGUCUCACUCUGUCAAUGUGCAAAUGAUGUGUGUCACGUGUGGGGGUGAGGGAGCCCCCAUGUACACGCACGUGCAUGCACACACAAACACCCACACCCACACCCACACCCACACACAUACAAAGAGACUCGCAUACAUAUUUUGAUUGACUACCAAACACACACACAACAGCCCAAUGACCAUGCUCUCACUCUCUCUUUCCCUUCUCUCGCUCGAUCUCUCCCUCCCCUAUAUUUCGCUCCCCUCUCUCUCCUCUCUCCUCUCGUCUCGAUUCAAUUCAAUUUAAUUCAAAGGGCUUUAUUGGCAUGGGAAAUGUGUACAUUGCCAAUGCAAGUGUGAAAAAUGUAUGCAGUCACUAACAGUAAGUCGCUCUGGAUAAGAGCGUCUGCUAAAUGACUAAAAUGUUAAAUGUUAAGUGAAAUAGACAGGAAAUAAACAAAGGAAAUAAACAAUCAAAAAUGAACAGUAAACAUUACACUCACAAACAUUUUGAAAGAAUAUACACAUUUCAAAUGUUUUAUUAUUGGCUAUGUACAGUGUUGCAACAAUGUGCAAAUAGUUGUAGUAUUAAAGGGGAAAUAAACUGGGUGUAUUUACAAUGGUGUAGUCCCCUGUAGCUCAGUUCGUAGAGCAUGGCGCUUGCAACGCCAGGGUUGUGGGUUCGUUUCCCACGGGGGGCCAGUAUGAAAAUGUAUGCACUCACUUAACUGUAAGUCGCUCUGGAUAAGAGUGUCUGCUAAAUGACUAAAAUGUAAAAUGUAAAUGUAAAAUGUGUUUGUGCUCCACUUGGUUGCCCUUUUCUUGUGGCGACAGGUCACAAAUCUUGCUGCUGUGGUGGCACACUGUGAUAUUUCACCUAAUAGAUAUGGGAGUGUGUCAAGAUUGGAUUUGUUUUCAAAUUCUUUGUGGAUCUGUGUAAUAUGAGGGAAAUAUGUCUCUCUGAUAUGGUCAUACAGUUGGCAGGAGGUUAGGAAGUGCAGCUAUUCUCUUGAGAGCCAGGUCUGCCAAUGGUGGCCUCUCUCAAUUGCAAGGUUUUGCUCACGGAGUCUGUACAUAGUCAAGGAUUUUCUUAAUUUUGGGUCAGUCACAGUGGUCAGGUAUUCUGCUACUGUGUAUUCUCUGUUUAGGCCCAAAUAACAUUCCAGUUUGCUCUCUUUUUUCGUUGAUUCAUUCCAAUGUGUGAAGUAAGAAUAUCUUUGUUUUGUCAUGAUUAGGUUGGGUCUAAUUGUGUUGCUGUCCUGGGGCUCUGUGGGGUCUGUUGGCAGAGGGGACUCUUCUUCAGGUUCAUCUCUCUGUAGGUGAGGGCUUUGUUAUGAAGGUUUGAGGAUCACUUAUUUUUAGGUGGUUGUAGAAUUUAAUUGCUCUUUUAUGGAUUUUGAUCAUUAGCGGGAAUCGUCCUAAUUCUGCUCUGCAUGCAUUGUUUGGGGUUUCACGUUGUACACAGAGGAUGUUUUUGCAGAAUUCUGCAUGCAGUCUCAAUUUGGUGUUUGUCCCAUUUUGUGAAUUCUUGGUUGGUGAGUGGACCCCAGCCCUCACAACCAUAAAGGGCAAUGGGUUCUAUAACUGAUUCAAGUAUGUUAAGCCAGAUCCUAACUGGGAUGUCAAAUUAUAUGUUCCUUUUGAUGGCUUAGAAGGCCCUUCUUGCCUCUCAGAUCGUUCACAGCUUUGUGGAAGUUACCUGUGGUGCUGAUGUUUAGGCCGAGGUAGGUAUCGUUUUUUUAUGUGCAAUAAUUUUUGUCUUACUGAGAUUAACUGUCAGGGCCCAAGUCUGACAGGAUCUGUGUAGAAGAUCUAGGUGCUGCUGUAGGCCCUCCUUGGUUGGGGACAGAAGCACCAGAUCAUCUGCAAACAGUAGUCAUUUGACUUCAGAGUCUAAUAGGGUGAGAGCUGGUGCUGCAGACUGUUCUAGUGCCCUCGCCAAUUCAUUGAUUUAUAUGUUGACGAGGAUGGGGCUCAAGCUGCAUCACUUUCUCACCCCCUGGCACUGAGGAAAUACAUCUGUGUUUGUUCCAAAUUUUUAAGAGCACACUUGUUGUUUGUGUACAUGGAUUUUAUAAUGUUGUAUGUUUCCCCCCCCCUCAACACCGCUUUCCAUCAAUUUAUAUAGCAGACCCUCAUGCAUUUUGUUUUGUUUGUUUGUCAGUAAGGGUGUGCAGGGUGAUUACGUGGUCUGUCAUACGGUAAUUUGGUAAAAAGACAAUUUGACAUUUGCUUAGGACAUUGUUUUCACUGCUGUUAAUGAUAAUGCAGAUAACUUUCACAAGGUUGCUGUUGGCGCAUAUCCCACGAUAGUUAUUUGGGUCGAAUUUGUCCCCACUUUUGUGGAUUUGGGUGAUCAGUCCUUGUUUCCAAGUAUUUUGAAAAAUGCCAGAGCUGAGGAUGAUGUUUAAGUGUAGGCAAUUUGAAUUUUUAGUCUGUAUAUUGUAUCAUUUAAUUUAGGAUAACAUCAACACCACAGGCCUUUUUGGGUUGAAGGGUUUGUAUUUUGUCUUGUAGUUCAUUCAGUUUAAUUGGAGAAUUCAGUGGGAUCUGGUAGUCUUUAAUUGCUGACUCUAAGAUUUUUAAUUGAUCAUGUACUGUAUAUGUUUUUGCUGUUUGUUCUUUGUUAUAGAGCCAAAAAGUGGUUUAUCCAUACAUCUCCAUUUUGGAUAAAUACUGUAGCUCUUCUGUUUGUUUAGUGUGUUCCAAUUUUCCCAGAAGUGGUUAGUCUAUGGAUUCUUCAAUUACAUUGAGCUGAUUUCUGAAGUGCUGUUUUUUAAUUUUUUCUUAGUGUAUUUCUGUACUGUUUUUGCGUUUCACCAUAGUGAAGGCGUAGGCUCAGGUUAUCUGGGUCUCUGUGUUUUUGGUUGGAUAUGUCCCUCAAUUCCUUUCUUAGGUUUUUGCAUUCUUCAUCAAACCAUUUGUCAUUGUUAUUAAUUUUCUUAUGUUGUCUGGUUGAAUUUUAUUGAUUUGAUAGGGAAGCUGAGAGGUCAAUUAUACUAUUUAGGCUUUGUACUGCUACCUUCAAUGUUGAAGUAAAAAGUAUUGUCCAGGAAGUUGUCUAAAAGCGAUUGAAUUAGUUGUUGGCAAAUUAUUUUCUGGUAGGUUUCCACACUACUGCAGUUGUGACCUGUUUUUGUUGGUUGUUUUGUCGUAAUUGUAUCUAGCGGGGCAUAUUGAGGAGGAAAUGCUGUCACUUCCAGGUAGGUGUUUUUCACCCUGUGUGCUGAGGGUGUAAAGUUCUUGUUCUUAAUGACCUUCAAUGCUACAGAAAUGUUUUGGUACCCUUCCCCAGAUCUGUGCCUCGACACAAUCCUGUCUCGGGGCUCUACGAACAAUUCCUUCGUCCUCAUGGCUUGGUUUUUGCUCUGACAUGCACUGUCAAAUGUGGGACCUUUUAUAGACAGGUGUGUGCCUUUCCAAAUAAUGUCCAAUCAAUUGAAUUUAUCACAGGUGGACUCCAAUCAAGUUGUAGAAUCGUCUCAAGGAUGAUCAAUGGAAAAAGGAUGCACCUGAGCUCAAUUUAGAGUCUCACAGCAAAGGGUCUGAAUAUUUAUGUAAAUAAGGUAUUUCUGUUUUUAAUUUUUUAUACAUUUGAAAACAUUUCUAAAAACCUGUUUUCGCUUUGUCAUUAUGGGGUAUUGUGUGUAUUGAUGAGGAUUUUUAUUUAUUUAAUCCGUUUUAGAACAAGGCUGUAACAUAACAAAAUGUGGAAAAGGUCAAGAGGUCUGAAUACUUUCCGAAUGCACUGUAGGUAGCACACAGUAGGACAUUUUUCUCUGUUGAAAUUAUUUCCUUAUUAAUUUCUAGCCAGAUGUAAAAUGUUCCUGUUUUGAUUAAUUUAAUAGAGUGGGUUAGGUCUGCUCUAUACCAAAUUAGCAUACCCCCUGAGUCUCUUCCCUGUUUCACACCUGGUAGUUUGGUGGAUGGGACUACCAGCUCUAUAUAACCUCGAGGGCAACCAGUGGGUUCAUCUCCUCUAUACCAUGUUUUUUGUAAGAUGACAAUGUCUGUAUUUCUGAUAUCUUUGGUGAAGUCUGGGUUCUUGCUCUUUAGUCCAAAGGCAGAUGACCUCAGACUUUGUAUAUUCCAGGAUGAGAUAGUAAAAGCUGUGUGUUCCAUAGUGUCAAGUGUUGUUAUUUGUGUGGUUUAGGUUCGGACCAUUCGGUGUGAGCUGAGCAUCUGGUGUAUGCCUCUUAGGUCGCAGGAUGGGGCUUGGGUGGGUGUAUUAGUGGGGGUUGGGCCUGUUGCUCUGCUCAUGGCCUGGGAAUAUGUGUGUCUGUCAUGUUGAGGUCCUUGGUGCAGGGGUGAGGGGCAUGGGGGGGCAGAAGGGGCAAAAGACUGAUCUGGGGAGGGCCUAUAUAGGGUGUGGCUAGGGUUUGGGGAGGGGUCGACUGGUGGGGGUGGGGAUGUGGCUGUGAUCUGGGUGUAGGUCCUCUUGGUGUGGAUCCUCUUUGUGCAGGUCCUCCAGGAGGGGUCUCACAGUUCUGGGAGGAUGUCUCUCUGGUCUGGGCGGAGUGUCAGUUUCUGUGUUGCUCCUGUGUGAGGUGCUGGGGCUGCGGUUCAGGUUGAUGUCCUUCAGGGUACUGGCAAAGGUGGGGGGACUGCUGCCGGGUGUUCGGUCACCAGAGUUUAGCCACUUGGGGUUUUGGAAAAAGUUUCCUCAUCAAUGUAUUUCCCAUUUGAGUCAACGAGGAGCACAAUCUCUGGCUUUUGUGUGGGGGUGUUGUCAGGAGAGCUAUCAUGGGGGCUGACAGGGAAGUUUGAAGAGGUGUGAUCACUCGCUCGGGGUGGGGGAGUCGUCACCAAGAGAAAGCUUCUCCUGCCCUGCUCUCUCUUUGAUUCUUUGGAAGGCCUGUUGGAAAUGUAUGAAGUUGUCCUGCACCACCACUGUUCUGUUCUUGUAAAGGUUGACAGAGGGUGUCAGUCUCAGGGUCCUCGUUUUCCAGUAUUCUGAUUUUCCACCUUCCACCUAUACCUGCUCUCUUAAAAGAAAGGUAGUGUGCUCUUAUAGCUGUGUGCCAUGCCCAGGGAUGGUCUGUGUGGAAGGUUAAGUUGCUUACUUUCCCAUUUUUGUAGUAGUCAGCUAAAAGUGUCUAUGGAUUGUCCAUGAGGAGCUUCUCUUUGUACUCUUUCUGUGCCUUGUCAUUUUUUUAUAUCCAAGGGGUACUGUAAUUGUGGUGACCUCUGCACAGGGGGAAGCCAUGGAGCAGGAGGCCAAAGAGGCCUCUGCAUUUGGGUGGGGGAGGAACUCUGCUGACAUUGUUGGGCUCAAGGGCUUCACACCUCUCACUUCACACUUCAGUGCUAAUUAAAGUUGCAACUGGGUCUGUUCUUUCCCAGCAAGCUUGGUAGCCCUUUAAUUUAGCAUUCAGUCUUUAUGCAGUUAUAUCUACAGAUUAUUGUAAUAUUAUUUUCUUUCUAGGCUUUAUAAGUAGCUUCAGACUGAACAUUACUUACUCAGUUCCAGGUUGGAUUAUAUUUUCAGGUUUCUGUUGUGCUUCUUUUGCUGGUUUAUCAGAAGGUUUGCUGGAUAGUCCUUGGCAGUAACAAUCAUUGGUAGUAAAAAUACUUCCAGAAUCCUUCCAGGUAAUUUUGUCCUAAAUCAGGUUGUAGGUUUUGAUUUGGAGUGAAGGUUAUGUUGUGGAGGGUAGUGUCCUGUAUAUGUCCCCAAAAAAUACAAAUGUUUAUCCAACCCUAAAUGUAUAUUUUUGUAAAAACAAAUACAGUGGGGGAAAAAAGUAUUUAGUCAGCCACCAAUUGUGCAAGUUCUCCCACUUAAAAAGAUGAGAGAGGCCUGUAAUUUUCAUCAUAGGUACACGUCAACUAUGACAGACAAAUUGAGAAGAAAAAAAAUCCAGAAAAUCACAUUGUAGGAUUUUUUAUGAAUUUAUUUGCAAAUUAUGGUGGAAAAUAAGUAUUUGGUCACCUACAAACAAGCAAGAUUUCUGGCUCUCACAGACCUGUAACUUCUUCUUUAAGAGGCUCCUCUGUCCUCCACUCGUUACCUGUAUUAAUGGCACCUGUUUGAACUUGUUAUCAGUAUAAAAGACACCUGUCCACAACCUCAAACAGUCACACUCCAAACUCCACUAUGGCCAAGACCAAAGAGCUGUCAAAGGACACCAGAAACAAAAUUGUAGACCUGCACCAGGCUGGGAAGACUGAAUCUGCAAUAGGUAAGCAGCUUGGUUUGAAGAAAUCAACUGUGGGAGCAAUUAUUAGGAAAUGGAAGACAUACAAGACCACUGAUAAUCUCCCUCGAUCUGGGGCUCCACGCAAGAUCUCACCCCGUGGGGUCAAAAUGAUCACAAGAACGGUGAGCAAAAAUCCCAGAACCACACGGGGGGACCUAGUGAAUGACCUGCAGAGAGCUGGGACCAAAGUAACAAAGCCUACCAUCAGUAACACACUACGCCGCCAGGGACUCAAAUCCUGCAGUGCCAGACGUGUCCCCCUGCUUAAACCAGUACAUGUCCAGGCCCAUCUGAAGUUUGCUAGAGUGCAUUUGGAUGAUCCAGAAGAGGAUUGGGAGAAUGUCAUAUGGUCAGAUGAAACCAAAAUAGAACUUUUUGGUAAAAACUCAACUCGUCGUGUUUGGAGGACAAAGAAUGCUGAGUUGCAUCCAAAGAACACCAUACCUACUGUGAAGCAUGGGGGUGGAAACAUCAUGCUUUGGGGCUGUUUUUCUGCAAAGGGACCAGGACGACUGAUCCGUGUAAAGGAAAGAAUGAAUGGGGCCAUGUAUCGUGAGAUUUUGAGUGAAAACCUCCUUCCAUCAGCAAGGGCAUUGAAGAUGAAACACGGCUGGGUCUUUCAGCAUGACAAUGAUCCCAAACACACCGCCCGGGCAACGAAGGAGUGGCUUCGUAAGAAGCAUUUCAAGGUCCUGGAGUGGCCUAGCCAGUCUCCAGAUCUCAACCCCAUAGAAAAUCUUUGGAGGGAGUUGAAAGUCUGUGUUGCCCAGCGACAGCCCCAAAACAUCACUGCUCUAGAGGAGAUCUGCAUGGAGGAAUGGGCCAAAAUACCAGCAACAGUGUGUGAAAACCUUGUGAAGACUUACAGAAAACGUUUGACCUGUGUCAUUGCCAACAAAGCGUAUAUAACAAAGUAUUGAGAAACUUUUGUUAUUGACCAAAUACUUAUUUUCCACCAUAAUUUGCAAAUAAAUUCAUUAAAAAUCCUACAAUGUGAUUUAAUGGAUUUUUUUUCUCAUUUUGUCUGUCAUAGUUGACGUGUACCUAUGAUGAAAAUUACAGGCCUCUCAUCUUUUUAAGUGGGAGAACUUGCACAAUUGGUGGCUGACUAAAUACUUUUUUUCCCCACUGUAUGCUGAAAGAUUCAGGAGCUCAUCUGCUCAUGACCUGCUCUCUCUCUGCCCUCUCUCUCUCGCUCUCUCUCUCUCUCUGCCUUCUCUGCCCUCGCAGCAGGCCAUGAUGUGUUAUCUGAUGAUCUUGUCCAGAUAGCCACUGAGAAUAGGAAAAGGCCCUUUUUGAAGCAAGGGUCGGUCUGAUGUGAGGCUGGCAGGCCUUGGUGUCAGGCAGCUCAAAGCUUUGCAGACUUCAACUUUCAAAUAUUGCCUUUUGAAAAUCAACUUAAGGAAUUACUUUGAUUUUCUUUUCUCUACGUUGUAUUCUUGGUACCGGUGAUCAACUUGAAGAUUCUUCACACAACGUUGCUUUUGAUCAAUGGAAGUUCGUGUUUUUCUUUAUCAGAGAACAUAAAAUAUUCUCUCAAUGCGAAAACCCUCUUAGCUGGUGUUCUCUUGAGGAAGAAUAUGUGCACACUCUUUAGAAAGGAGGAAGACAGAAGGUCCCUCUUUUGACCUUGCAGUGUUCCGGUGCACAUCUAUUGAUUGAAGUAGAGAUGCCCUUUUAAAGUUGUGUGAGUGUUUCUUGUGUUCUCUGACAUUGAGUUUCCUGCUCCAGUUCCCCAGGUACUCAAGAGCUGCACGGAGUUCAUCGAGAAACAUGGCGUGGUGGACGGCAUGUACCGCCUCUCUGGAAUCGCCUCCAACAUCCAGAAACUACGGUAAGACACGCACACACACACUCUCUCUCACACAGAUUUGGCAGUGCUAUCCGUUAAACAUGGGUCUGCCUCAUAGGGUGUUCAUAGACGUAAUCUCAAGUGUACACCAGCCACCAACUUCUGAGAAUUUGUUCUGUUCUGCACAAAGCCCUCGGUGCACAGAGAAGGCAAAGGUCUUGUUAUAACAUCAUGGACCUUGACUACCAGGUGCCAUUGUACUCAAUAUCAGUUCAUGUUCAAAUGAAUACAGCUCUCGUAACAGUAAGUUAAGAGUGGAACCCAACUCCUAAAGAUAAUGCACUUGUGCCCUACAUCUCAUAAAAAUUCCAUCAAAGAUAACUUGCACUUUCAACAGAAAUUACCAUAAUCUUUUCCUUGGCAUGCGAUAUGUUGAUUUACCCCUGUGUGUGGGAACUGUGGGCAUCCCUCAACAACAACACGUGUGGGUGUGUGUGGGCAUCCCUCGUCAACAACCUGUUGACUGGCCGUGACUUGUAGCGAAACAUAACCCCUAACCGUUCUCUUCCCAUCACAUUUUUGCACUGUUCGUUUUGUCCUCUGAAACAGUCCAAGUAACUGACGUUGUUGCACUCUACCAACUGAGAACUCACAGUCUCUCACCCUGUAAUUAUAACAUUUUUGACUGUGAAGAGGAAGGAAUGUUUGGCGUCUCGAAGCCAAGCGUGAAAUAGUGUGGGUUUCUUGUAGUAUUUUAUGGGGCUUUCUUUCGUUUUUUCCUGAUCCUGAAUAAGUAAAAUCCUAACCCUGCAAUAAUUAUUUGCAUAGUUUAACUCAGGAUGGAGAUUUAGGAACCGUCUUAAAAUUUUUAUUUCCAAUUGUUAAACCCACUGUUGGAUAUCCCAACUGCCACUUAACACCUCAGUUGUCUAGGAUUACAUCAUUAAUAUAAUGUGCCAUUUAUGACAACAACCAUUAUUCCACAUGGAAUAUACACUGAGUGUACAAAACAUUAGGAACACCUGCUCUUUCCAUGACAUGGUGACCAGGUGAAAGCUAUGAUCCCUUAUUAAUGUCACUUAUUAAAUCCACUUCAGUCAGUGUAGAUGAAGGGGAGGAGACAGAUUAAAGAAGGAUUUUUAAGCAUUGAGACAAUUGAGACAUGGAUUGUGUAUGUGUGCUAUUUUGAGGGUGAAUGGGCAAGACAAAAUAUUUAAGUGCCUUUUGAACGGAGUAUGGUAGUAGGUGCCAGGCGCACUGGGUUGAGUGUGUCAAGAACUGCAAUGCUGCCGGGUUUUUCACACUCAACAGUUUCCCAUGUGUAUCAAGAAUGGUCCACCACCCAAAGGACAUCCAGCCAACUUGACACAACUGUGGGAAGUACUGGAGUCAACAUGUGCCAGCAUCCCUGUGGAACGCUUUCGACACCUUGUAGCGUCCAUGCCCGAUGAAUUGAGGCUGUUCUGAGGGCAGAAGAGGUGCAACUCAAUAUUAGGAAGGUGUUCCUAAUGUUUUGUACACUCGGUGUAUUCACUGAAAAGAGAGAGGACAUUUUCAUCAUCUCUGAUGUUUGAACAAAGAAAUUAGGGGUUGUUUAUGAAGUAAGAGUUAUUGAUGGCAGCUUCCUGUCAGAAACAUUAUUAAAGGGAGUGUCCUGUCCAGAACACUCUGUUUAUUUACAUAGUAGUUCACAUUCCAUGGAUUUAUCAUGAGUUCUUCAGGUCACAAAACUCAACACAAAACAGUGUAACAAAAGUAUGAAGAUGUAUUCACUCACUACUGUUAUUUUUUUUAUUUCUUUUACCUUUAUUUAACCAGGUAAGCCAGUUGAGAACAAGUUCUCAUUUACAACUGCAACCUGGCCAAGAUAAAGCAAAGCAGUGCGAUAAAAACAACAACAACACAGAGUUACAUAUGGAAUAAACAAAACGUACAGUCAAUAACACAAUAGAAAAUCUAUAUACAGUGUGUGCAAAUGUAGUAAGUUAUGGAGGUAAGGCAAUAAAUAGGCCAUAGUGCAAAAUAAUUACAAUUUAGUAUUAACACAGGAGUGAUAGAUGUGCAGAAGAUGAUGUGCAAAUAGAGAUACUGGGGUGCAAAUGAGCAAAAUAAAUAACAAUAUGGGGAUUAGGUAGUUGGGUGGGCUAAUUUCAGAUGGGCUGUGUACAGGUGCAGUGAUCAGUAAGCUGCUCUGACAACUGACGCUUAAAGUUAGUGAGGGAGAUAAGAGACUCCAGCUUCAGAGAUUUUUGCAGAUCGUUCCAGUCAUUGGCAGCAGAGAACUGGAAGGAAUGGCGGCCAAAGGAGGUGUUAGCUUUGGGGAUGACCAGUGAGAUAUACCUGCUGGAGCGCAUACUACGGGUGGGUGUUGCUAUGGUGACCAAUGAGCUAAGAUAAGGCGGGGAUUUGCCUAGCAGUGAUAUCUAGAUGACCAGGAGCCAGUGGGUUUGGCGACGAAUAUGUAGUGAGGGCCAGCCAACGAGAGUGUACAGGUCACAAUGGUGGGUAGUAUAUGGGGCUUUAGUGACAAAACGGAUGGCUCUGUAUAAGAGCGUCUGCUAAAUUACUAAUAUGUAAAAAUGUAGAACUAAGAGGAAGAGAUGAACCAACACCUCUUUGCAAUGGGAGGAAUGGUUCUAUUUUCCUCUUGAUUUGUCUCUAGUUACUUACUUGCUCUCUCUCUGUCCAUGAAUCUGUCUCGGUCUCUCUUUCUCGCUCAAUCCUCUCUUUCCCUCUAUCACCCCCCUUUCUAUCCCCCUCCUCUCGCUCUCCAUCCAUGUCUUUCUCUCCCUCCCUCCACUAGGCAUGAGUUUGACUCGGAACAGAUCCCCGACCUGACCAAAGACGUGUACAUCCAGGACAUCCACUGCGUGGGCUCAUUGUGCAAGCUCUACUUCCGCGAGUUGCCCAACCCCCUGCUCACCUAUCAGCUCUACGAGAAAUUCUCCGUAAGGACCUGCUCUUGGCACAGCACGGGCACUGCACCCUGAGUGCCCUUCUCCUCUACCCAAAACAAAAACAUCACGCUUUCUCACACUAACGUGCUGCUGCCGCUUGGCGUCCCCCUAGUUACGAGACCCUUUUUGUUUUGGUUUGAGAGCUCUACAGUGUUGCAAUAUUGCAUAAUGCCCUUGGCCCCAGAGGAACCCUGCUCUGUCUCUUUGUGGAUGGUAUUUAUUAGGUUUCGCACUAUCCUGAACUGGAAUCCAAUUUCCAUGUCGAAAAAAUUAAUAAAUCUCUAUCUCUGUGGGGGGUAUGUUCAAGUGUCAAUUAUCUCAAGGGUAAUAAGUACUGUAUACAGUGGGGAAAAAAAGUAUUUAGUCAGCCACCAAUUGUGCAAGUUCUCCCACUUAAAAAGAUGAGAGAGGCCUGUAAUUUUCAUCAUAGGUACACGUCAACUAUGACAGACAAAAUGAGGGAAAAAAAUCCAGAAAAUCACAUUGUAGGAUUUUUAAUGAAUUUAUUUGCAAAUUAUGGUGGAAAAUAAGUAUUUGGUCACCUACAAACAAGCAAGAUUUCUGGCUCUCACAGACAUGUGACUUCUUCUUUAAGAGGCUCCUCUGUCCUCCACUCGUUACCUGUAUUAAUGGCACCUGUUUGAACUUGUUAUCAGUAUAAAAGACACCUGUCCACAACCUCAAACAGUCACACUCCAAACUCCACUAUGGCCAAGACCAAAGAGCUGUCAAAGGACACCAGAAACAAAAGUGUAGACCUGCACCAGGCUGGGAAGACUGAAUCUGCAAUAGGUAAGCAGCUUGGUUUGAAGAAAUCAACUGUGGGAGCAAUUAUUAGGAAAUGGAAGACAUACAAGACCACUGAUAAUCUCCCUCGAUCUGGGGCUCUACGCAAGAUCUCACCCUGUGGGGUCAAAAUGAUCACAAGAACGGUGAGCAAAAAUCCCAGAACCACACGGGGGGACCUAGUGAAUGACCUGCAGAGAGCUAGGACCAAAGUAACAAAGCCUACCAUAAGUAACACACUACGCCGCCAGGGACUCAAAUCCUGCAGUGCCAGACGUGUCCCCCUGCUUAAGCCAGUACAUGUCCAGGCCCGUCUGAAGUUUGCUAGAGUGCAUUUGGAUGAUCCAGAAGAGGAUUGGGAGAAUGUCAUAUGGUCAGAUGAAACCAAAAUAUAACUUUUUGGUAAAAACUCAACUCGUCGUGUUUGGAGGACAAAGAAUGCUGAGUUGCAUCCAAAGAACACCAUACCUACUGUGAAGCAUGGGGGUGGAAACAUCAUGCUUUGGGGCUGUUUUUCUGCAAAGGGACCAGGACAACUGAUCCGUGUAAAGGAAAGAAUGAAUGGGGCCAUGUAUCGUGAGAUUUUGAGUGAAAACCUCCUUCCAUCAGCAAGGACAUUGAAGAUGAAACGUGGCUGGGUCUUUCAGCAUGACAAUGAUCCCAAACACACCGCCCGGGCAACGAAGGAGUGGCUUCGUAAGAAGCAUUUCAAGGUCCUGGAGUGGCCUAGCCAGUCUCCAGAUCUCAACCCCAUAGAAAAUCUUUGGAGGGAGUUGAAAGUCUGUGUUGCCCAGCGACAGCCCCAAAACAUCACUGCUCUAGAGGAGAUCUGCAUGGAGGAAUGGGCCAAAAUACCAGCAACAGUGUGUGAAAACCUUGUGAAGACUUACAGAAAACGUUUGACCUGUGUCAUUGCCAACAAAGGGUACAUAACAAAGUAUUGAGAAACUUUUGUUAUUGACCAAACACUUAUUUUCCACCAUAAUUUGCAAAUAAAUUCAUUAAAAAUCCUACAAUGUGAUUUUCUGGAUUUCUUUUUCUCAUUUUGGCUGUCAUAGUUGACGUGUACCUAUGAUGAAAAUUACAGGCCUCUCUCAUCUUUUUAAGUGGGAGAACUUGCACAAUUGGUGGCUGACUAAAUACUUUUUUUCCCCACUGUAUGUUAUGAGGAUGAGCUAGUCUAACACUCCCACCCCCCCCCCCCCCCCCCCCCCCCCUAAGUAAAAUAUGAAGAUUGUCAAAGUGUAGGCAGCGUUAUGUCCCCUUGGCUUAGACAAGCGGUUUGCAAGUGCCUCCUUUGCACCGGCCCUGGCCGACUGACUGCGUGGAGGUGUCAAGUGUUAAUUAAGCACUUCUUAAUGCAGAGGCACUGAUCCGUACCACUCUCCUCCCUCCCUCCAUCCUCCCCUCCAUCUCCCUCGUUCCUUUCCGCUCCACAGGAGGCCGUGUCAGCAGCCACAGACGAGGAGCGGCUCAUCAAAAUACAUGAUGUCAUUCAGCAGCUGCCGCCUCCUCAUUACAGGUUAGAGCAAAGCCACGCUGCCCCCUGCAGGAACACACAGGCUACAACACACAUUACUGUCUCCAUAUGUCAAUAAACGCAACAUUCAACAAUUUCAAAGAUUUCACUGAGUUACAGUUCAUAUAAGGAAAUCAGUCAAUUGAAAUAAAUUCAUUAGGCCAUAAUCUAUGGAUUUCACAUGACUGGUAAUACAGAAAUGAAUCUGUUGGCCACAGAUACCUUAAAAAACAAGUAGGGGUGGAUCAGAAAACCAGUCAGUAUCUGGUGUGACCACCAUUUGCCUCAUGCAGUGCGACACAUCUCCUUUGCAUAGAGUUAAUCAGGCUGUUGAUUGUGGCCUGUGAAAUGUUGUCCCGCUCCUCUUCAAUGGCUGUGCGAAGUUGCUGGAUAUUGGCGGGAACUGGAACGCGGUCAUACACACGAUCCAGAGCAUCCCAAACAUGCUCAAUGGGUGACAUGUCUGGUGAGUAUGCAGACCAUGGAAGAACUGGGACAUUUUUAGCUUCCAGGAAUUGUGAACAGAUAGAUCAUUGCGACAUGGGGCCGUGCAUUAUAAUGCUGAAACUUGAGGUGAUGGCGGCGGAUGAAUGGCACGACAAUGGGCCUCAGGAUCUCAUCACGGUAUCUCUGUGCAUUCAAAUUGCUAUCGAUAAAAUGCCAUUGUGUUCAUUGUCCGUAGCUUAUGCCUGCCCAUACCAUAACCCCACCGCCACCAUGGGGCGCUCUGUUCACAAGGUUGACAUCAGCAAACCGCUCGCCCACACGACGCCAUUUGCCCGGUACAGUUGCAAUGGGUGUGGCUGAAAUAUCAGAAUCCACUAAUUUGAAGGGGUGUCCACAUACUUUUGUAUAUAUAGUGAAUGUUAUACAAACAUAAUGGAUGGUUAUUGUAUUCCACUCAAACAGUUUUAGAACCGUAUGAUCUUAUACAAGAGGGUAAAAUAUACUUCUGUAGAAGUAGUCAUAGAACUGGUGUAAAUUAGUUGUGUGUUUCAUCCCCCAUCCUGUUCUCAGGACUCUGGAGUUCCUCAUGAGGCACCUGUCCCAUCUGGCCACCUUCAGCUUCAUCACCAACAUGCACAGCAAGAACCUGGCCAUUGUCUGGGCCCCCAACCUACUGAGGUCAGACAACAUUAUGUUAUUAUCUUGUUCAAUGUCAUGUUAUUGUUCAUAUCUCAUUGGUGUUAUCAAUAGUACUAGUACAUAUAGGUUGCUCUGAGUAACUGUAGUUGAUCUUGUACCGAAAAUGGCUAUGUUGUGACUGAAUUUAGGAAACAAACAAAUUCUUCUGCCUUUUUGUGGAAGUAGGGCUGUGGUGGUCGUGGCAUUCUGUCAGACGGUUAUUGUCAUGCAAAAGCCUGCUGGUCUCACAGUAAUUUACCGCUAAUUAACAUAAACAUGUUUAGCGCCUCCACACAUGCAAGCCGCUGAUGCACGCCUUAGGAAAAUCAACAUUUUAAUAAAUGAAUUUAAUAAAAACAAUCAUAAAACCUCUAUUUGUUUUAGUCCGGUCUAAAGAAACAUGAUAUGAAGAAAAUGUAUUUCAGAAUAACAGAAUAUGAGUUGGCCUACUGUAGGCCUGUGUUAUUUGUCUAUGCUCCAUGCCAUAGGCUGUAGGCUUGUUCAUUUAGCUGACAAGAUAUGCUUAAGUCCCAUGCCAUUAUUUUAUGUUAUAUAAUUUUAUAGUAAGAAGAAUAUAAUUGAACUUAGCUGAAUAAAAUAGGAAGGAUAUUUUUCCUAUUAUGGAGCGAGUGCGCAUAUGAAGUGGCUAUGUUGAGCGUAAAAGUGAUCAUUUGAAACAGGUCCUACAGUGCAUUCGGAAAGUAUUCAGACUCCUUCCCUUUUCCUGGCCAUGGACCCAAAAUGUCGAUGUUUUGUUCCCUGAGCCACUUAGUUAUCACUUUUGCCUUAUGGCAAGAUGCUCCAUCAUGCUGGAAAAGGCAUUGGUCGUCACCAAACUGUUCUUGGAUGGUUGGGAGAAGUUGCUCUCGGAGGAUGUGUUGGUACCAUUCUUUAUUCAUGGCUGUGUUCUUAGGCAAAAUUGUGAGUGAGCCCACUCCCUUGGCUGAGAAGCAACCCCACACAUGAAUGGUCUCAGGAUGCUUUACUGUUGGCAUGACACAGGACUGAUGGUAGCGCUCACCUUGUCUUCUCUGGACAAGGUGUUUUCCGGAUGCCCCAAACAAUCGGAAAGGGGAUUCAUCAGAGAAAAUGACUUUACCCCAGUCCUCAGCAGUCCAAUCCCUGUACCUUUUGCAGAAUAUUUGUCUGUCCCUGAUGUUUUUCCUGGAGAGAAGUGGCUUCUUUGCUGCCCUUCUUGACACAAGGCCAUCCUCCAAAAGUCUUCGCCUCACUGUGCGUGCAGAUGCACUCACACCUGCCUGCUGCCAUUCCUGAGCAAGCUCUGCACUGGUGGUGCCCCGAUCCCGCAGCUGAAUCAACUUUAGGAGACGGUCCUGGCGCUUGCUGGACUUUCUUGGGCGCCCUGACGCCUUCUUCACAACAAUUUAACCUCUCUCCUUGAAGUUCUUGAUGAUCCGAUAAAUGGUUGAUUUAGGUGCAAUCUUACUAGGAGCAAUAUCCUUGCCUGUGAAGCCCUUUUUGUGCAAAGCAAUGAUGACGGCACGUGUUUCCUUGCAGGUAACAAUGGUUAACAGAGGAAGAACAAUGAUUUCAAGCACCCACCCUCCUUUUAAAGCUUCCAGUCUGUUAUUCUAACUCAAUCAGCAUGACAGAGUGAUCUCCAGCCUUGUCCUCGUCAACACUCUCACCUGUAUUAACAAGAGAAUCACUGACAUGAUGGCAGCUGGUCCUUUUGUGGCAGGGCUGAAAUGCAGUGGAAAUGUUUUUUGGGGAUUAAGUUCAUUUUUUUUUGCAAAGAAGGACUUUGCAAUGAAUUGCAAUUCAUCUGAUCACUCUUCAUGACAUUCUGGAGUAUAUGCAAAUUGCCAUCAUCAAAACUGAGGCAGCAGACUUUGUGAAAAUUAGUAUUUGUGUCAUUCUCAAAACUUUUGACCACGACUGUACACACAAUACCCCAUAAUGACAAAGCGAAAACAGGUUUUUAGAAAUGUUUGCAAAUUUAUAAAAAAUAUAAAACAGAAAUACCUUAUUGACAUAAGUAUUCAGAACCUUUGCUAUGAGACUUGAAAAAUUGAGCUCAGGUGCAUCCUGUUUCCAUUGAUUAUCCUUGAGAUGUUUCUACAACUUGACCUGUGGUAAAUUCAAUUGAUUCGACAUGAUUUGAAAAGGCACACACCUAGCUAUAUAAGGUCCCACAGUUGACAGUGCAUGUCAGAGCAAAAACCAAGCCAUGAGGUCGAAGGAAUUGUCCGUAGAGCUCCAAGACAGGAUUGUGUCGAGGCACAGAUCUGGGGAAGGGUACCAAAACAUUUCUGCAGCAUUGAAGGUCCCCAAGAACACAGUGGCCUCAAUCAUUCUUAAAUGGAAGAAGUUUGGAACCACCAAAACUCUUCCUAGAGCUGGCCUCCCGGCCAAACUGAGCAAUCGGGAGAGAAGGGUCUUGGUUAGGAAGGUGACCAAGAACCCGAUGGUCACUCUGACAGAGCUCCAGAGUUCCUCUUUGGAGAUGGGAGAACCUGCCAGAAGGACAACAAUCUCUGCAGCACUCCACCAAUCAGGUAUUUUAUGGUAGAGUGGCCGGACGGAAGCCACUCCUCAGUAAAAGGCACCUAAAGGACUCUGACCAUGAGAAAUAAGAAUCUCUGGUCUGAUGAAACCAAGAUUAAACUCUUUGGCCUGAAUGCCAAGUGUCAUGUCUGGAGGAAACCGGCACCAUCCCUACGGUGAAGCAUGGUGAUGACAGCAUCAUGCUGUGGGGAUGUUUUUCAGUGGCAGAGACUAGUCAGGUUCAAGGAAAGAUGAACGGAACAAAGUACAGAGAGAUCCUUGAUGAAAACCUGCUCCAGAGUGCUCAGUAUCUCAGACCGGGGCAAAGGUUCACCUUCCAACAGGACAACGACCCUAAGCAUACAGCCAAGACAACACAGGAGUGACUUCGGGACAAGUCUCUGAAUGUCCUUGAGUGGCCCAGCCAGAGCACGGACUUGAACCCGAUCGAACAUCUCUGGAGAGACCUGAAAAUAGCUGUGCAGCAACGCUCCCCAUCCAACCUGACAGAGCUUGAGAGGAUCUGCAGAGAAGAAUGGGAGAAACUCCCCAAAUACAGGUGUGCCAAGCUUGUAGCGUCCUACCCAAGAAGACUCGAGGCUGUAAUCACUGCCAAAGGUGCUUCAACAAAGUACAAAGUUCUGAAUGCUUAUGAAACGUGAUAUUUUUAAUAAAUGUCCACACAUUUCUUAACCUGUUUUUGCUUUGUCAUUAUGGGGUAUUGUGUGUAGAUUGAUUAGAUUUUACUUGAUUCAUGUUAGAAUAAAGCUGUAACGUAACAAAAUGUAGAAAAAGUCAAGGGGUCUGUAUACAUUCCGAAUGCACUGUAAAUGCUAGAUUUAGUUAUUUGGCAACUUUAGUUGUGAAUUAUACAAACCUUAGACUGUCUUAGAAAUCAAAACAUAUAUGGGCUGCAUGGUGCGACCUAUAGGCUAUUGAUGAUUUGAGAAAGUAGCAAAAAAAGCUUGCGCUCUGUUCCUUGCCUCAGGCUGCACAGCUGUUCUGUCAUCAAGUGAUCAUAUUUUCACCCAUCAGACUAUUCUCAGUUUAAUCUUUACUAAUAUGUAAAAUUUGUUUCGAUUUAGAAUGGCCCAUUAUCAAAGGGGCAGGGGAAUAAAGACAUGUCAUCUGUAUGCACUCGAAUGGAGGCCUCACGCUUUUCCUGACGGUCCGUAAAUAUAUAUAAGAACACUUAUUUCACCACGCAUCAACCACUGUUGGAGGAGCAUGCUCUCACUGCCUGACAGGUGAUAUUAUGCCCAAACUCUGUAUGCCAUGGGUUCUCCAACCUUGUUCCUGCAGCUACCCAGUGCACAUGCUUAAUUUGGGAAACCAAGAGAAAUCUGUCUGGGAACAUUGAUGGUCCCGUGUAGCUCAGUUGGUAGAGCAUGGCACUUGCAACGCCAGGGUUGUGGGUUCGAUUCCCACGGGGGGCCAGUAUGAAAAUGUAUGCACUCACUUAACUGUAAGUCGCUCUGGAUAAGAGCGUCUGCUAAAUGACUAAAAUGUAAAUGUAACAUGUUUUCGCAACAAAACAUAUUUCACUAAACUUCACAUCCCGUCUGCACGCUCGAGAAAUGAAUAAAGGAGAGAGAGGAGGAGAUGGAAACGCAUGGUGGUGAGAUAUUCUGUAUAGCUAAAGGAAAUGUGUCUCCCAAUUAAUUAUGAAAAUAUAAAUAAUUCCCUAUUACUAGGUUAUUCAAAUACAAAUAUACUAAUUGUAGGCUAACUGUAAGCCGCUUUGCACAAUCAAUGAACCAACAGCAUCGCCUAGGGCUUUAAGUUCUCUCCCAGAUUCAUGGAUAGAAAUUUUGAAGUGUAGCAUAAGGUAACCAGUCCAUCCAGUAUGCAUAAUAAUACCAGUCCACACUCAAAGGCGAUUACUCAAAUGUGUGGUAUUUUAGGCUAGACCAAUUAUAUACCAACAACAUCUUAAAUCAGUAGUUUUUCUGCCAUGUGUAAUAUGCAGUAGGCUAUGUAUUGUAUAAUGGCACAAUCAUAAUUUUAAUUCAGAUUUUUCUUUCAGGCUUGGACUAUGCGUAUGCAUAAGCUCUAAUAUGCAUAUGGGGGUUUUGAAUUAAUCAUCACCUUAGAAAGUGCUGUCCAUUUCGUUGUCUUAGGCGUUGAAACAACAUCCACAACAACCAUGUUUUACACUGUUUCAACCUGCUGUUGAACUUCUUUCUUCAAAUUGAUCAUCACAGUGAAGUGAGUUUUAAAAGUAUGAUAGGCCUACUGUUUUGAUGAGUGUUCGAUGUGAUUUUUAAAAAUACCAUUAGCAUUGAUGUCAGAGUGGUUCGAGGGACAAUAGAGCCCUGAGUACCAGGCCAUUAGGACCUGAAGGUAGUUAGCAAGUUGGGUACUACCAAAGCAUGUCCAGAGUGCAUAAAAGGAGAUUACCUUGACGCAACGGUCACAUGGAAUUUUACUGCGGUCUUGACUGCUGGUGUGGCAGUAGUACGGUCACCGCAACAGCCCUAUGUGGAAGCAUGAGUCAUUAAAAAAAUAUAUAGAGAAUUUUGUUGACUCUUCUUUCCCCAUGGUUGAUCCCCAAUGUCGUCUCCCCAGGUCCAAGCAGAUAGAGUCGGCCUGCUUUAGUGGCACGGCAGCCUUCAUGGAGGUCCGCAUCCAGUCGGUGGUGGUGGAGUUCAUACUGAACCACGUAGACGUCCUCUUCAGCCCCAAGCUCAGCUCGCUCAUACGGGAGGGAGCAGGUACGCAUGCCAACCUGUUGGGAUGUUAUAUAUGCUCAGUGCCAUGGGGCUAUCCAAAGCUGGAGGAUUUUUUUCUAAUGCAGGAUUUUGGUUGAUUCUAAUUAAUGCCAGUGGUGCUUUUGUCAUGUCAUUUGUCAUAGCGCAAGCAUAAUCCACCUGACCCAAGUUUGCCCUCACCAAAUGUUUCCUUUUAAUUUAGAAAAAGUAGCUUAUUCAGAACAAUCACUUUUUAUGCAAGUAAUUUGUCACCUCCAUAACAUAGUGUACAUUAAUUAAUUAUUAAUACAUCAGUGGUCACCAACCUGUCGAUAUCCAAGGCAUUCCUAGUCGAUCACCAAACAUUUCUGUAAAAAACAACAACGAUAAAGCCUUGUGAUCCUAUUUUUUUUUUUUUCCUUUCACACUGUUGGUGGUGGGUGCACUUGAUUCAGCAGCCCUAGCGCCAAGAAGACAAAGUGUUCCCAUUUUGAACCAUUUCAAGUGCCCAGAGAGCAAAUCAAGUGCACCUAUAGGCCUACCGCUGGCCUAUCCCGAUAGCUCAGAUCACCGUGUCUGCACAGUUUCCACGGGCCAUAGACUGUAAAAAGAAGCCUCGAAUGCACAACAAAGUUGAUACUGUGACAUUUCAAAACUUUUAAAACCAUGACUAGAGAGAGACUCAACGAAUACAGCAAAGAGUUGUAUUUUUUAUGAGUAAGUUCAUGUUUUAAGUUAUUCAGGACUGUCAACACUUUUAAAAGCCAUAAAAUGCGCGUUCUCCCAUUUCCACUCACGCUAUAACCAGCACUGCAGCUACAAUGAAUGAGUAUAGCAAAGUGUUUCGAUAAGCUUGUGUUAUUAUUAGCGGCUUGACUUUUUUAAUAUCAAGGAAUAUUUCACUUUCUCUGGUCAUAGGAGUAUCAACAUGAAUUGAUGCAUGAGGCAGAAAUAAUGCAGUGCGACUUGAGUUUCGCCAUCAGCUGGAAGACUUUUCUCAGUGGAGGGAGGGAGAGAGGAGGGACGGUGAGUCGGGUGAGAGGCAGCCUCACCGCUGCUCGGUCCCUCCCCUCAGACUGACCAUCAGAUGCAGGCCAUCAGUCUAGUAAAAAAUUAAAGCGAAUUAUUAUGCGUACUCAGCUAUGCCUCACAAGUAAUACAACAAAUGAUUUAUUACCAGUCUGAUCAUAUACCUAAAAAUGUUAUAUCAUUUCAUAAUGGUCUGAGAAUAACAACAUUGUCAGGACAAUUUAAGCAUAGUGCUAAUGUAUUGGGCCUAUAGCCUACUGCACAAACCUCAUUGCUACAUAACAGUUUUUAAUUGGUUCAUGCUGCAUAGGUGUACAUUUUUUAAAGUCAUGUUUUUAUUUUUAUUUUAUUUGAGCGGUAGAUCUCUGCUUGCAUUUUGACUCCGAAAGUGAUCUUGACUCAGAAAAGGUUAGUGACCACUGGUGUACAUGAUGAUCACUUCUCCCCUACCCCUAGGACACAACUCGUUGUUGCGGCCCAAGUCCCUGCUGGUGUCGUCCCCCUCCACCAAGCUGCUGACCCUGGAGGAAGCCCAGGCCCGGACCCAGGCCCAGAUCAACUCCCCCGUCACGGCCGACAGCAAGUACAUUGAGGUGGGGGAGGGCCCGGCUGCGCUGCAGGGCAAGUUCCACACCGUCAUCGAGUUCCCAAUGGAGAGGUAUGAACAACCUGAGGCCCUGGUAUCUUUCGAACGGCUGAUGUUUGUCCAUGAGUUGUAAAGUAUGGAAAUGGAGGAGGCAUAGAUGAGUGAUACAAUACUUGGAUGGAAAUGUCGUACCUUCAAACCAUGAACGCAUACAGUCACAGUGAGGGGAAAAAAGUAUUUGAUCCCCUGCUGAUUUUGUACGUUUGCCCACUGACAAAGAAAUGAUCAGUCUAUAAUUUUAAUGGUAAGUUUAUUUGAACAGUGAGAGACAGAAUAACAACAACAAAAUCCAGAAAAACAUGUUAUAAAUUGAUUUGCAUUUUAAUGAGGGAAAUAAGUAUUUGACCCCUCUGCAAAACAUGACUUAAUACUUGGUGGUAAAACCCUUGUUGCCAAUCACAGAGGUCUUUGUCUUUGUCAGUGGGCAAACGUACAAAAUCAGCAGGGGAUCAAAUACUUUUUUUCCCUCACUGUAUAUGGUUUCAUAUUAUAAUUCAUAUUAUAUACAAGUGAGUCAUGUUCUUUAGGCAACGAUAUCAAAAGGACACAUGACUACUUUUACAUUUACAUUUUAGUCAUUUAGCAGACGCUCUUAUCCAGAGCGACUUACAGUUAGUGAGUGCAUACAUUUUCAUUCUGACCCCCCGUGGGUAACGAACCCACAACCCUGGCGUUGCAAGCGCCAUGCUCUACCAACUGAGCUACACGGGAGGUUUGUUUUCCCAACUGAGUGUUUCCCUUCUGUCCAUUCACUUCCUACAGGAAAAGGCCCCCCAUCAAGUCCAAAAGGUCUCCGGUGGGAAACUGGCGCUCCUUCUUCAACCUGGGCAAGUCAUCAUCCAUGUCCAAGCGCAAGCUGCACCGCAACCCCAGCGAACCCAGUGAGCUCAAGUCCAUGGCCCUGGCAGGUUAGAUUCCCUUUCCUCUUCCCUCCCAAACACCAACCCUUCACUCGCUCUGACUCCUCUCGCUCUGACUCCUAGUAGAAUAGAUAUUGAAUUUUCCAUUUGGUUGGAACGGAAACUAAUGUAUGUGAACUCAUGUCUGUCUGUCUCAUGUCCCAGGAGGCAGAGGGGACACAGGGACACUCCGAUCGGCCAAAAGCGAGGAGUCGCUCACCUCGCUACACAACGUUGAAGGUAAUGUUUAAUGGGACUUCUCUCCACGGCACUCUAUACAGUGAGGGGAAAAAGUAUUUGAUCCCCUGCUGAUUUUGUACGUUUUCCCACUGACAAAGAAAUUAUCAGUCUAUAAUUUUUUAAUGGUAGGUUUAUUUGAACAGUGAGAGACAGAAUAACAACAAAAAAAUCCAGAAAAACGCAUGUCAAAAAUGUUAUAAAUUGAUUUGCAUUUUAAUGAGGGAAAUAAGUAUUUGAGCCCCUCGCAAUCAGAAAGAUUUCUGGCUCCCAGAUGUCUUUUAUACAGGUAACGAGCUGAGAUUAGGAGCACACUCUUAAAGGGAGUGCUCCUAAUCUCUGCUUGUUACCUGUAUAAAAGACACCUGUCCACAGAAGCAAUCAAUCAAUCAGAUUCCAAACUCUCCACCAUGGCCAAGACCAAAGAGCUCUCCAAGGAUGUCACGGACAAGAUUGUAGACCUACACAAGGCUGGAAUGGGCUACAAGACCAUCGCCAAGCAGCUUGGUGAGAAGGUGACAACAGGUAGUGCGAUUAUUCGCAAAUGGAAGAAACACAAAAGAACUGUCAAUCUCCCUCGGCCUGGGGCUCCAUGCAAGAUCUCACCUCGUGGAGUUGCAAUGAUCAUGAGAACGGUGAGGAAUCAGCCCAGAACUACACGGGAGGAUCUUGUCAAUGAUCUCAAGGCAGCUGGGACCAUAGUCACCAAGAAAAUAAUUGGUAACACACUACACCAUGAAGGACUGAAAUCCUGCAGCGCCCGCAAGGUCCCCCUGCUCAAGAAAGCACAUAUACCUGCCUGUCUGAAGUUUGCCAAUGAACAUCUGAAUGAUUCAGAGGAGAACUGGGUGAAAGUGUUGUGGUCAGAUGAGACCAAAAUCGAGCUCUUUGGCAUCAACUCAACUCGCCGUGUUUGGAGGAGGAGGAAUGCUGCCUAUGACCCCAAGAACACCAUCCCCACUGUCAAACAUGGAGGUGGAAACAUUAUGCUUUGGGGGUGUUUUUCUGCUAAGGGGACAGGACAACUUCACCGCAUCAAAGGGACGAUGGACGGGGCCAUGUACCGUCAAAUCUUGGGUGAGAACCUCCUUCCCUAAGCCAGGGCAUUGAAAAUGGGUCGUGGAUGGGUAUUCCAGCAUGACAAUGACCCAAAACACACGGCCAAGGCAACAAAGGAGUGGCUCAAGAAGAAGCACAUUAAGGUCCUGGAGUGGCCUAGCCAGUCUCCAGACCUUAAUCCCAUAGAAAAUCUGUGGAGGGAGCUGAAGGUUCGAGUUGCCAACAUCAGCCUCGAAACCUUAAUGACUUGGAGAAGAUCUGCAAAGAGGAGUGGGACAAAAUCCCUCCAGAGAUGUGUGCAAACCUGGUGGCCAACUACAAGAAACGUCUGAUCUCUGUGAUUACCAACAAGGGUUUUGUCACCAAGUACUAAGUCAUGUUUUGCAGAGGGGUCAAAUACUUAUUUCCCUCAUUAAAAUGCAAAUCAAUUUAUAACAUUUCUGAAAUGCGUUUUUCUGGAUUUCUUUGUUGUUAUUCUGUCUCUCACUGUUCAAAUAAACCUACCAUUACAAUUAUAGACUGAUCAUUUCUUUGUCAGUGGGCAAACUUACAAAAUCAGCAGGGGAUCAAAUACUUUUUUCCCUCACUGUAUGGCUGAUGGAGCCUAUUCUUGAGCGCAAGUCUGCUAUGGUCCAAGUAGUAAUGUAAUUAUAUUGUUUUCUCUAAUAAAAAAUCUUGUAUUUGAAUUGAUGAUGAUUUCCCCCUGACUCCCGUAGGAGAGUCGAAGGUGUACCGUCCGCGGCGGCCCCGCUCCAGCAGCGACGCCCUCUCAGCUUCCUUCAACGGGGACCUGCUAGACAGCCACACCCGGCAGCACUGCAACUCCUAUGACAAUCUGGCCCAGGGCCACAGCGGGGGCGCCACCCGCGACGGUGGGGACAGCGAUGGGGAUGACGGGCCCAUCUAUGUUCCAGCCCUGAUUUCGCCCCCGCGUUCGGCCGGCGAGGACGUGGACCUUAGCCCCCCAGACAUCGGCAUGGCAUCGUUGGACUUUGACCCCAUGUCGUUCCAGUGCAGCCUGCCCGACGGCUCCUUCUCCUUCCCCCUGGGGCUGAGUGAUGUCGCCACGGGUGCGGCUGGCGAGGGCACCGGCCUGAAGAGGAUCCCAGGCAGCGUUGACAACGGCUCUGCGCUUGUCUCGCCUUCUUUCCUGGGGAAGUUUGCCAACCCCUUCCUGUCGCCUGACCUCAGCCCGGCCACGGGAGAGAAAGCAGGGAGCAAGAAGCUGGCCUGCUCUGUGUCUUUCUCUGACAAACCCGUACAGGCUGUGUCCCCGAUAAAGUCAAAGUCGGACAUUUUGGCUCCUCUGGCCAUUUCGGAGCUGUUUGACAUGGAGUUUUCUAGUAGGCUUACAGAAAGCCAUGGUGUUCCCCAGCCUUCCUCCCCUCCCUCGGGACUGCCCUGGGACUCUCCUCUGUUAAUGGGCUCAGUGCUGCUGAGGACGGGGGAGCCGUCGCUGAGCGAGGCCUUUCAGAUGGAGCUGCACUGUAAGCUCUCUGCCUUCGACACUGAGAGCCAAGACUCCACAGGGGAGGAGAGCACUGUCCAGCAACCUCCAGCAACCAGUAGUAAGGAACAACUAGGUCAGUGGUGCAUACAGCUGCUACAUUUUCACUUUAUUAUGUUUAUUUUUAAUGUUAAAGGGAUAGUUCACCCAAAUUACUAAAUUAUAUAUUUGUUUCCUUUCCCUGUAAGCAGGAAUCUUACCAAUAUGUCAUUUUGUAAUUUAGGUGAACUGUACAUUUAAAUAUGAUUGUCAUGUUUCUCUUUACAGUAUAAGGCCUUUGUUUGAUUAUGCUUUGAUUGACAAUGCCUGUUUCGUUUCUAGGUUUAGUUUGCCCGCCUCAUGCCUUUAACACCUUGCAUGGAUUUCAGCUCAGAGAAAUCUUUCCACAUGAUGCCACCAGAGCGCCAAGCUUAACUCUUCCCCCUCUCUCCUCCUCUUGAAGACCAAGCCUGCCUUUUUUCUUUUUAUUCCCCUCGAACACACUUUCUCUUCUCUGUCCUCACACUGCAGUUCCCUUCUGUUUUUGUCCCCCUCCCAGGAGCCGUAGCUAGUCUGGACUCUCCAAAAGCCUCCCCUGGCCCUCUCAGCUCCUCCUCCGUGUCCCUCCUCCCUCCCCCGCCCCCUCAGAAGAACGGCGCCCGCAUGCUGGCCCUGGCCCUGGCAGAGUCCGCCCAGCAGGCCUCUAUCCUGACCCAGAAGAGGCCCUCCCAGUCCCAGCCCCCCACGCCAGUGUCCCCCGUCAGGCCACUGGAGCCCUCACGCUCCCUGGAUUGGCACCCUCCCCCAGCUCUGCGCCCCCAGACGUCCCUCGAGGAGGGACCCAGAGCAGGAGAAGCCCAGACCCCAACCUUAACCCCCACUACCCCAAACCUUGCCCCUCCCACCUCUACCCCUCCCACCACCCCUACUGACAAACAGCCGAGCCAGUCAGUGAGCCAUGAGUUCAUCAGUACAUCCACCAGUGGAAAGUCCCCCUCCACUCCUCCCGGAGCCAGUCAGGAUAUGGAUUUCACCCCACUGGCAUCCCCCCACCACCAGUGUGCCACCACUCCCUACAGCCCUCCUGCCCAUGUGUCCCCCACUCGGAGGAGUCCAGAGAGGCAGCAGCCUGCCAUGGGCCAGGUAGCGGUCAGCAGCACUGGAUUCUCCACCACCACCCCCCCAUCCACCACUCCCAGCAGCAAGGAGACGGGUGUCCUGCCACAGCCUGCUCCUGAGGUAAAUUUGGUCAAAUGUGUCAUAUUUGCAGAAUAUCUUUGAUACAGUAGCUAUAUACUCAACUGGAAUUGUUUUUGGUAAAUUUUCAGGUCCAUGUAGAUGAGACCGUCUGGUCGCCAACUCCAAAACCCUCAGAGCAGCCAGUUGCAGUUCCACAGCCUCAAUCACAGCCUCAUAUACAGUUCCAUACUCCGCCACAGUCGCAGCCUCAACCUCGUACACGGUCUCAUCCCCAGCCUAACGCCAGAGUGGCCCCCACCCCAGCCGAGCCAGUGGAGAGACCAUGGGAGGCCAUAAAGCCAGUUCAGCCCCGCACGGAGCCUGUGACCCACCACCACGCCCAUGGGCCCACGCCGCCAGCGCCUCCCAUCCGCUCCAUUGAGAGCAAAUUGGCAACCGCCGCCCUCAGCCACAUAGAGGCCGCCAACCCCGCCAUCUUCCACAACAUCCUGACAGAGACCUCCACGCCUAAGGAGGCCCUUGCCCAUCCUCCCGCUCCCCCGCGGAAGUCUUCCACCCACCAGUCAGCCUACCUGUACCACACCAAGGGAGAGGCCGCCUUACUGGAGCCUCCUGGGGAGGCCUACUACCACCAACGGGCCGUUCCCGUGGGGCAGCCUUCAUACCACUACCGGCCAGACAGUGUUCCCCCACACCUCUCCUACGUGUCAAAGUCGGAGCCCCAGAUACCUUACAGUGCCCGCAUAGACCACCACUACAACACCCUAGCUCACCCCAGGUCCUGCCACCAGUCAAUGAAGCAUCGCGGGCCCCCCAGGGGUGGCGAGUACAUCUCCCCCAGCCCGGGACACCGCGGCCAGGGCUGUGGCCCCAUUGAGGGAGCCCCGGUCUACCCCACCAUCCGCAGGGUGCACUCGCUCCACGUGCCCUCAGCAAUCCGCUCAGUGCCCAUCCAGCGGACCGAGGUGCCUCCCGACGACGAGCUCUUCUACUACCAGCGGCCCGUCUACCAGUGCAAGGCCUACCAGCAGCAGCAGCCGCAACAGUCCUCACAGGCCGACUACCACGUCACCCAACUCCAGCCUUACUUUGAGAACGGCCGGGUGCAGUACCGUUACAGCCCCUAUUCGCCUAGUGCCAACCCGCUGGAUGCCCCUUACUACGACGUGGACCCCUAUGGGACCAUCAGGCUGCGGCACUUCCACUCAUUCAGCAGUCGGGACCUGGGCCCCACCCUCAGCCGGUCGGGUGGCAAGGCGGGCGGCUAUAACUACCUGUCCCGCCACAUCCUCCCGCCGGGGAAGGAGCACAGCUUCGUCAGCAGAGACAUGCCCCCAGGCCAUGGCUCAAAGGGAGCCGCAGUUUACUUCGCAUGGAACCCAGAGGACUAUGAAAGGCUCCGGAUGCACUCCAUCCACAGAGAGAGCCGGUCCAGGCAGAAGGUCAAGGGUCCUGUCAUGUCUCAGUAUGACAACGUGGGCCUGUUCAUGCCUGGCGACCUGGGGGGGUACGAAACCCUACACCUGCGCAGUAAGUCGGACCCCGGCAAAGCCAUGCUGAUGUCUGUCGAGGGUAAAGACGGGCGCUACGGCGUAUCACCAGGUUCCCAGCACGCUCCCCGACACCUGGUGUGUGAUCCUGACGUCCUCAUGUACAUGGAGACAGAGAAGCACUGUCAGGGGAACGGCACCGUGGACAAACAGAGCAGCUCCAGGACCUGCCAGACCUCUCACUCGCACCAAGCCCUACACCCACCCUGUAACCAGUCCCAUCAGCAGGACCCCAGCCGACACGACCCGGGAGACGGUGCUCGGAGCUUCCAACCCCGCUAUGAACAGCCCGAUCCAAACCGCCAUCAGACCAGGGCCAAACCCCCCGGUAGUUACCAAGACAACGAUGACCACCAACACCAGUCGGCCCCCGUCAAAGCGCAGGCCCCUCCCAAGGCCGAGCGGUCGCACAGCAUCCGAGAGCGGCAGCAGCAGCACUAUAGCCAAGCUGCCACGCCCGAACCAGACAGAGACUACUCAUACCAGCCCCACGGUGGGCAGCAGAGACACAGCACCAUGGCGGUACAGUCUCACUACGACAACCUGGAUGAUUACCACCCAGCAGCAGUACCUCAGCCACAGGCCCCCAUGCCAAACCCCCGCGGGGUCUCCACUGCCUCUUUCCCCACCAACCCUGGCUUCACGGGCAGCCACAGCAACCGAGCGUACUCCACUGCCUUGGGCCAGGGCGCCUUCAUCCCAGCUGAACUGGCCCUGCAGAGGCCCGAGACAGAAAUACACGCUGAAUGA